AAGUUGCAGAGAGGCUCAGCAGGCUGUAGCUGUUGGAUACACAAGGGGGCAAAAAGAAACACGUUAUCUGGAUCCCCCCCUUUUAUUUUGGAAGAGAAGGCUCCCACUUGAACUGCUUUCUUUUUGCCUUUGUACACAUAAUACAUCAUUCUUAUCUCAGCUUGGAUCUAUCAGCAAACUCUUUGCAGUCAGUCCGCAGCUGCAUCUGCCGCUACUCUGUGCACUCUAAAGCAGGUAGGAGAUCCCUUGCAGCCUGGGUUUUUUUGCAAGCUGUGAAAUUAAAGGUGCCCUUUUUAUUCAUUUGCCUAAUCAGUUAAAUGUAAAUACUGCAAACUGCAUGCAAGGAGACUGUUGCCGAAGUAGAAUAGCAAAGUUUGUUGCCUUUCCAGAAAAGGACAAACAUCACAUAUUUUCCUCCUCUUGGCAUCUUGUUUCCUUUCUUUCCUAUGUUCUUUUUUCCCCUUGGAUGGGGCAUUUAUUCCUAAGUAAUUGCGCAAACGAGUGAAGCCUCUGCUGAAUCUGUGUUUUCAGACCGGGAACUGUGUUUGGGUGGGUAUGUCAGUGAUAACGAGUUUCUUUGAACUCUCUGGUGCCGUGCUUUAGACUAACAAAACGCAGGAAUGCAAUAAGAGCGUUCGGUGAAAGCUGAAAUUUGGGACACUUUGCGCUUCCACGGAUUCUCUGCCAUCAGCACCCCCCGCCCCCGGGCAAGCCUUGUUCUAGUCGCUGUGCAUGUUUCCCAAGACCCUUGUGCUCAGUAAGGCUUUUGCUAAAGUAACCUUGGAGUCCUCAAAUGUUGGACUACAACUCCCAUCAUCCCACGCUAUACUAUCCAGCGUUCGGGGAUGAUGGGACUCGUAGUGCAACAAAACGUCUGGAGCCCCAAUGCCGAAGAUUUCUGGGUAGAGAAGUCAAUCUCUGCCCCCUGUUUCUUGUUUGUAAAGUGUAGGGACUUUACUCAGAAGGCUGUUACUGUGGACAUUUAACUGCAUAGCAGUCUACAGGGUGAUGGGAGAAGUACCUUUCUGUAUUUCAAGGCUGACAUCUCGCCUAUUAUGUGGGGAAAUCACUGACUCCUUAAAUGUUCAGCUGUUUAUCUCCUAACAGAGGGGAUACUGAGGCAAAGUUGAAGGGUAGUGUCUAAAUGGAGUUGACCAAUAUGUGUGAAACUUGCAAGGACUCUUGACAAUGGUAUUCAUUUUCAAACAGUGAACACAGUGGGAACACAAUGAGUUACUGAAAUCCAUAUAUCAUGGUGUGUUCUUAAUAUGAAUUUUGUUUGCCAAAAUAUGAAAAAGUUUCCCAGCUCAUUGGCACAAGUGCCUGAUUAACACAAACAAGCAGCCACAUAGUGAUUGCUUGAGGUUUGAAAUCCAAACUUUAUGGCAACUGAUUCACGUGGGAAGCCAUUUGUGUGUGGCAGCAUGCCAGGUGGAUGUUUGCCCUGUGGAUUUUGCCAUCCCACUGUAGACUGUCAAAAACGAUUUGUGGUGGCAAAUUAUCAGAUCUGUGCAAUGUGUGGUUAUAUAGAUUGCUGCACAAAUCAGUGUCCAUGUAGUUUGGAUUUCAAGAGACCUCCUCUGCAUUGCUGCGUUGCUUAAGUUGAUGUAUAGACUAACAGGCUUUUGGAAGACCAAAAAAAGACUUCUGUGUUCCUCUGAUCCCAAUGAUGUAAGGAGAGUUGUUUUCAUGCGGGGUAAGGAGACCAGUUUUGGCUGGAUGGCUGAUUUAUUCCUGUAUUCUAAACUAGAAUGUAGUCCCUUGAUACAGUGCUUGGGUUUUUCUCAGGUACUUUGCAAAUUGUAAAUAUAGCAAGCUGGGAGUAGCUUUCUUCUGAAGAUGAUUAUUGGUUGAGGGAGCAAUGGUGGUGGAAGGAUCACUGCAGAUACAACAUGGUAAUGGGUGGGGUUUGUGCGGUUGUGGGUAUUUUAAACAAUUCCCAUCCCCAUACUAUUAUAUUCAGUCCUAUAUAGUACUGAAGCAUUAGACUAGGGGGAACUGCUUCUCUCUCCUCUUAUCAAGGCAAAAUGGUUCAGUAUCUUCUAGAAGAGCCCUUCUGGAUCAGACCAAAGGCCUAUCUGGUCCAGCUUCUUGUUUCACACAGUGGCCAGCCAGAUGCUUUGGGGAUCUCAAAAUCAGGACACGAGGGUAACUACCUGUUCCACCCUUAUUCUCCAUCCACUAGUAUUCAGAGGCAAAUUAACCUGCAUUAAUUUGUUGAAACCCGUUUUAAAGCCAUCCAAAUUGGCGGAUCCACACCUGCUUCACGGAUUGGUUGUAAGGGGAAAUCGGGAGGGAGAGAACCAUGUAUGCUACAACUUUGAGCUGCUUAGAGAAGUGGUGGGAUAUAAGUAUAAUCAAUCAAUCUAAUGAACAAACAGGGAGCUGCUCCACCCCCUGAUAAUUUUGGUUGUCCUUUUCUGUGCCCUUUCCAGUUCUUAUGACGUCUACAGUUGGCAAGCAGAUCUGUGCACAGUACUCCACGUGUGGGUGCGCCUUUGUCUCUCUCAGGGUGUCCCCAGACUAUGCAGAAAUCUCAAACCUUGUCUGUGGAUGGUCACAUGUUGAAUCUUACGAGUUAUGUGGGACGCGGGUGGCACUGUGGUCUAAACCACUGAGCCUCUUGGGCUUGCCAAUCAGAUGGUUGGCAGUUCGAAUCCGUUCAACAGGGUGAGCUCCUGUUGUUCUUUCCCAGCUCCUGCCAACCUAGCAGUUCGAAAGCACACCAGCACGAGUAGAUAAAUAGGUACUGCUGCGGCAGGAAGUUAAGUGGUGUUUCCGUGUGCUCUGGCGCUCAUCGUGGUCCUUCGUGCACCAGAAGCGGUUUAGUUAUGCUGGUUACAUGACCCGGAAAGCUGUCUGUGGACAAAUGCUGGCUCCCUUGGCCUGAAAAGCGAGAUGAGCACUGCACCCCAUAGUUAUCUUUGACUGGACUUAACCAUCCAGGGUCCUUUACCUUUACCUUACGGGUUAUGACUGGGUAUCUACUUUACCUUUAAAUACAGUGGUAAUGAUUAUUAUGCAGUUCAAAAAUGCCAGCAUUCAUAAGGCUAUACAAGUUUGGCACCACUGGUGACACCAUUCCUCAGAAAAGAGCUGUAAUGGCAUGCUGGAGAAAUGCACAUGUAUCACUUUAUAAAGCCCCUAUAGUUGUGCACAAAUCACUUUCCCAGAACCGACAUCAACACUGGGAGAGCUUUAUAAAAUGAUAUACAUCAGGGCCUACUGGUGCUGCUCAUCCCUGCCCCAGGCAGCUAUGAACCAUCAUUUUAAAUUUCCCCUGGUGCCCUACAGUCCCUAACGAAACAUUACUCCAGUGCAUUGUGAGAAUCUUAAAUGACAAUUUGUAAACGUAUGACAGGUAAGCUUGCAGCCAGGUUGGCAUUAAUGAUGUAGGAAGGGGCCCAUGGAAGGCAUUGAGUUGGGGGCCCCUUCAAAUCAUGCGCCAGAGUUGUAGAGUGUUGUAGAGUGCUGGAGGUUGUACAUCUGAUGAUUAUCAGUGUGUUUGUGUUGGAACCAGGGAACUUGGCAAAGAGGAGGAACUGAAGCAGAGGAUGAGCUGACAUUCUCAACAGAGAGAAAGAUCAAAGGAACAUAGUGAAAUUUGAUGGACAUGGAGAAAGCCAGGAACUCAUUUCUUCUCUCCAUCACAUACACCAGUCUUUGCCAAUCUGGUGCAUUCCAGAUGUUUUGGACUACACCUUUCAUCAGCUCUUCCCAGCUUGGCCAGUUGUCAAGGAUGAUGGGAGUUGUAGCCUAUCCCCUAGUGGUGCUUCCUGCCCUGACCGCUACCAGACUUUAAACCUAGUUCCUAGAUCUCAAAUAUGGUUGUAAAAAAUGACUGAAACUCAACCAUGGAAUGAAAAAAGGUCACUGGAUAACUGUGCUGGGUCAACAGCAUAUUUCUGCACCAUCUGGAAAAUCCUGGCUCAGGAGUUCCCUUGGCUGCUUGCCUUGCAAAAGUAUAUGGAAUCCUGGCAAACUUGUAUGCAGUUUUGUAACAUGUAGAUUUGGACUGAGCAGGACACUUACGGCUAUAGCGUUCAGAGGAAAAUUGUAUUGGCAGGGUCGGGGCAAGAUGACCUAAUGGGUUUGUUUCAAAAUUGUGCCCUAAGAUCUUGGAUUGCCAGAUGUUUAAAAACAAGAAAGUUACUGAAAGUUUUCAUGCCUGUGUGUAAAACAACCUGCCAACCUAGCAGUUCAAAAGCACAUCAAAGUGCAAAUAGAUAAAUAGGUACCGCUCCGGCGGGAAGGUAAAUGGCAUUUCCGUGCACUGCUCUGGCUCAGUCAUGCUGGCCACAUGACCCGGAAGCUGUACGCUGGCUCCCUCGGCCAGUAAAGUGAGAUGUGUGCCGCAACGCCAGAGUUGUUCGCGACUGGACCUAAUGGUCAGGGGUCCCUUUACCUUUUUAAAUAUCUAUGCUGGGCAAGUGAUUCCUGCAAUGCAGGGGGUUGGACUAGAUGACUCUCAUGGUCCCUUCCAACUCUACAAUUCUAUGCUUCUAUGAAAUAAAAUUCAUUGUGGGCUAUGGAUGAAUAUUUCAUCCUGGAGUUUUUUGGCUUCUGGCGCAGAGUCACUCCCUUAUUUACCUUAAAAACCCACACUUAGUCUGGCUAUUCCAGGAAUUUGAAUCCUUGCUUAGAUUUUAACACUCGCUGGAUCCAGGGUUUAGGCAUAUAGCCAACAUUUCCAAAAACUCUUAACAGUAUAGAACAAGGUGGUCCAACUUUUUAUACCACGUGGGCCGCAAUAGUACUUCAACAGGAAACCUGGCGGUUGCCGCGUAGAGUUUUUAAAAAACUGGGCAAUGGUGCGCUGCCCGCCCGUGACUCCCGAGCCUUGCCCAAUCUCCUGCCCCCUUCCCCCUUUGUUUUGACAGAUCACGGGAGGCUCGGGAGUCACGGGUGGGCGGCCGUUGCCCAAGAGGGGCGCAAGGCACGUGGUUUCUCUGCCAGGCAAGGUACAAAGCCCUUCUUUUGCACCCUGUGAAACAAAAAUGCAUAGUUUUUUUAAAAAACUGGGCAAUGGCCACCCGCCCGCAACUCCUGAGCCUCCCCUGAUCAGUCAAAACAAAGGGGGAAGGAGAUCUGUACCGCCGGACAUCCCCGGUUCCCCUUCGGCAGUGGCGGUGGCAGUCAGCAGCCCAGAGCCAGCCUGGUAGCGCAGUUGGCUCCGGCUGGCUUCAGGAGCUGCUCGCUGCCGUGGCGCCCGCCAUUUUUCCUCUCCAGAAGUCCCCAUAUGAUGUGUCUUGUGUGCAACACAUCAUAUGGGGACUUCCGGAGAGGAAAAAUGGCGGGCGCCACGGCAGCAGGCAGCGAGCAGCUCCUGAAGCCAGCCAGAGCCAACUGCGCUACCAGGCUGGCUCUGAGCUGCUGAGGCUGCCGCUGCCACGUUUUCUGGGGACAGAUUUACAAAUCUGGGGACUGUUCCCGGGAACUGGGGAUGUCUGGUAACCCUAAGCAGAGUGGCUGGGGAAACCCAGCCAGAUGGGCGGGCUAUAAAUAAUAAAUUAUUAUUAUUAUUAUUAUUAUUAUUAUUAUUAUUAUUAUUAUUGAGUUAUUGGUUAAUGCAAACUAUGUUGUUAUUAAAUAUUGGUUAAUAUAAUAUUGGUUAAUACAAAGUAAGUUGUGGUUGUUUUUUUUUAUUUGGAAUUUCUGUGGGUGGCAUCCAAUGAUGUUUGCCCUGUGAUGGAAGGAAUCUGCUAAAGGAACAAGGGAGAGAAUGUGCUAUAUUGCUUCUAAAUAUUUUCUAGCUCUACAAAUCUGGAUCUCAUAAAUUGGUAUAUUUUCCUUUGCAGGGGCAGAAAUAGCUGAAAGUGGGGGGAGUGGAAAAUGGUGUGAAGGAAAAGGGUUAAGUAGUGACCCUCCACCACUUAAGCCACCUUCAAAUCUGAUGCACCAGCAGCUUCAUUGUGUGCUUUUAAAAAAACCCCAAAGAAGGGGGAAAGGGAAAUCAUGGAACUGGGUGCAAUGUUUAGCUUCACUUAGUGAAUGUAGAAGACAAAAGAAGGAAAAGUAAUAAUAUAAAGCUGGCCAGGCAUGAUUUUCUGUAGCUGCAUGCAGAGUAUCAAAUUAUAAAGCUUUAGUACUGUAAGAUCAAAGACUUCAUGAAAAGUCUUUUUUGUUUUGGACAUCUUACAAAAAACAUUCCAAUUUGGUUCACAAAUAGUAUAAAAACUAUUGCAGAGCAAAUGAUGCAUAAGAAUAGAGUUUCUUAAUACCAGGCAUCCACAUAUGUUGCUGUCAUGUUGCACAUAUUUGGCAGUUGAUGUUAACUUGUAUUUCCUUUGCUCAUGACUUCCUUAAAAAAACAGAUUGGGAAGAACACCGGCUUCUUAUAGGCCUAUUAUAACACAUUUUCCAAGACAGAACAGCCAUUUUUUGGUCAUGAAAUUCUAACUACAUUUAACAUUCAUUUUCAUAUUCUUAAUUGUGGCUCUCUACUACGCUUACUGCAAAGUGCACGAUUAGUAACUAUUUGUAAAUAGCAAUGAUGUUUUAGGUUCCAUGGAGAUACACACAAUGAGUUUUGCAAUGUACUCUUACGGUUAGACUCAGAUGCAAGUCACACUUUCUUGGGUGGGCUUUCUUCCAAGAUUGCAACCUCAAUCGCCUGCAGAAAGCAGCCACUGAACAUAAAUUUACCUUGUCUUAGCAAAGAAAAUGUAGACAUUGCCAUUGAUUAUAUAAUCAGAAACUGUUUACCCAUCAGUUUCUUGCUGAUGUAGGGCACUUGAUGGCAGUAGAAGUGACCAUGUACUCAUGUUGAAGUUGCUUUCCCCAGGAAGUUGGCCAAGCUCUGCAGCCUGUAGCUCUAAGGCAGCAUCAGAAAUACUACUACUACUACUACUAAUUUCUUAUUUAUACCCCGCCCAUCCGGCUGGGCUUCCCCAGCCACUCUGGGUGGCUUCCAAAAAAAUAUUAAAAUACUGUUAAUACAUCAAACAUUAAAAGCUUCCCUAAACAGGGCUGCCUUCAGAUGUCUUCUAAAAGUCUGGUAGUUGUUGUUCUCUUUGACAUCUGGUGGGAGGGCAUUCCACAGGGAGGCCGCCACUACCGAGAAGGCCCUCUGUCUGGUUCCCUGUAACUUGGCUUCUCGCAGUGAGGGAACCGCCAGAAGGCUCUCGGUGCUGGACCUCAGUGUCCGGGUAGAAUGAUGGGGGUGGAGACGCUCCUUCAGAUAUACUGGACCAAGGCCGUUUAGGGCUUUAAAGGUCAGCACCAACACUUUGAAUUGUGCUCGGAAACAUACUGAGAGCCAAUGUAGGUCUUUCAAGACCGGUGUUAUGUGGUCUUGGCGGCUGCUCCCAGUCACCAGUCUAGCUGCCGUGUUCUGGAUUAGUUGUAGUUUCCGGGUCACCUUCAAAGGUAGCCCCACGUAGCAUGCACCACUUUGGCGAGGCAGUCCGCAGGCAGAUAGGGUCUCAGCCUGCGUACCAGAUGGAGCUAGUAAACAGCUGCCCUGGACACAGAUUUGACCUGUGCCUCCAUGGACAGCUGUUAGUCCAAAAUGCCUCCCAGGCUGCGCACCUGGUCCUUCAGGAGCACUGUUACCCCAUUCAGGACCAGAGAGUCCUCCACACCUGUCCGCCUCCUGUCCCCCCAAAACAGUACUUCUGUCUUGUCAGGAUUCAACCUCAAUCUGUUAGCCGCCAUCCAUCCUCCUGCAGUUGCAGAGAAUCAUGUCUAGAAUCAGACCUGAAGGGAAGCGAAAAGCUGUUUGAAAGUUGCAAGAUAUUUUGGUCUUUUACAUAAAUUAGUACGAGUUGGCACCAUAGAUUCCAAUGUAAUAUAUGUGCCUCCUGUGGUUUUAAUAAGGAACUCCACCCAUUUUUUCCCUCUCUCAGCAGAAUUUAAAUGAGCUCCAAAAAUGUGUAUGAAAAUGCACUUGCCACCUUUAGUAAUGUCAGAUUUCUGGCAUGACAAGUGUUCUCUGUUCCUCUCAGGUUUCCAGAACAUUGUGUAUUCGCAGUCACAAAGCUGUCAUUCUAACACUGUAGAAAGUUAGGGAUUUACAUGAGGAGUCACUGCAUCUCUGUACGGGCCCAGAGCCAUGGAGGGGCCAGCUGAGGGCACAGGCACUCCAAGUGGUCCACUAGCAGUCUUCACCUUCAGGACCCCAACUGUAUGCAUUGGGCCAGCAGGCAGGAACUGCUGCUGUGCCAGCCCCUUCCUUCCACAGACUGAGAGCAUCCAUCGAGGCUGUCCUUGGGAGUCCAGCUACUCAAAGGCAGCAUGAAACCCAUGGGGUAAUGCAGCCACCUGGCUCUAAUGUGCUGGCCACUCACCCAUCUGCACUCCUCCCUUCUAGGUCUCUGGAGUAGUAGCUAGACUAUCCUCACAGUUCCCAUAUGCAGGGCCACCCACUAUCGGAUUACCCAACAUGCAAUGUGAUAAGCCUUACUUUGUUCUUGAGAGCCUCCGUCAGUGUGGCUGAAAGUAGUGAUGGCCCCUUUUAGUGAGUAAGCCAUUUGAAAGCACAGUGUUAACUAUGUCUACUCAGACAGGGGGCUUCAAAGCCCUAAAGUGAAGCAGAGGGUCACUUGUCGGGGAGAAACAGUGACAGGUGUUUAAUGCUUCUCUUAUUUGUUGGUUGUUUCUUGCAGAUUUACCCCUCAACAGCUUUUGAAUCCCCCAUACUAGCUAUACUAGUAUGCCAGGCUUCCUCAACCUUGGCCCUCCAGAUGUUUUGUGACUACAUUUCCCAUCAUCCCUGACCACUGGUCCUGCUAGCUAGGGAUACUAGCCCAAUGCUUAUCAGAUGGCAGGAAUGUACUAUAUGGAAAUGUGGCCUUAAAUGUUCAGGAUUGAGUUUUAGCCCCAUAUUCCUUUCUCCAGCUGUCUUUCUGCCAUGAGCCUCCCAUCUUAGUUCUGCUUCUCCUUUCUCUGUUCUGUGGCAACUUCCAACUUUCCAGUUUGUAGCAACUCCCUAAGGUUUGGGGUCUUUCCAAUGCUGCUUAUAUUCCCUUUUCAACUGGAGCUUCCAGGGAUUGAACUUGGUACCUUCGUCAUGCAAAAUAUAUACUCUGCCAUUGAGCUUUGCUUCUUCCUCCUCAAAACAAAAUGCAUGCACUUCAAUUUUAGUGUGCCUUUGUGUUGAAUGCAGCCAUUUCUAAGCAUGCCUCUUGCUUAAAACAAUGCCCACAGUGUGAAGAAAGUGUAUUUUCAGCUCUCUUGAAUCUGUGCCCAUUCCCUCUCAAUGAUUAGCAUGUUUUAUUUUUGUUAGAUUAAUUUAUGAAGGGAGAGCACUGUGGAAUCUCAUGUUCCUUGACAGAGAGAAAAAUAACAUCUAUGUUCUCUUUUUCAUAGGCUGUAUGAAAUCAUGGUUUCCAGGGAAAACCAUUGACUUAACUGGUUGUUAACAGCCAACAUCCUGAGCUUGCAAUUCUGGCAUGUUACGCAAUUCAUUCACCCUACAGCGUACAUGUUUUUCAGUAAAUCAAGCAUAUCAAGUCAAGGAUCUCCUAUGUUGUGGUUAAGACUUGCCCCCCCCCCCCCCGGCCCCCUUUCCACCCUCUUAAUGACUAAUGACUAAUUUCAUUCUAGCACAAUGUAAUCUUAAAAUGGGUCGACUUUAGCAGGCAGGAUCACUUGCCAGAACAAACUGCGUUUAGCAGGACAGACCUUCUGUGUUGCUUCAAACACUAGUGCACAACAAGAACUUCCUCUGUUGUAGACAAGGAGUCUGUGGGUUCAGUGGCCUUGAUUGAAUCAUAUAAAAAAUAAGCUCUGUCUCUCCAAGAGUUGUUUUUUAAAAAAAACACAUUUCAAUGAAUGGUUCCACCAAUCCAAAACAUUACUACCAACUCAUCCAUACACUUUGUCUUAUGCAAUGGAAUGCAGCUAUCCCUGAAGAUGUAUGCAAAACUAUGACUUAUCAGUAUUCCUGUAUCAAACCUGAAGCAACACUAUGACUAUGGUACUAAUUGAAGGGGUGCUGGUAUGAGUUCUGUUGUUCCAGUAUUUGUUCACUCCUUGCUAUUUUGAUUUCUUGUCUUUUCUAUUUGCACAUCACCAUAAAUAGAUGUAUCCCUAUGUGCUGGGUGCCAAAAUUAGACAGUGCUCUGUGUAUGUGUGUGUGUGUGUGUUCCUUAUGCUGUAAAUAUGCAUGGGUUUUUAUUGUCCAAUGAGGUAAACGAAGUUGUUGGCAUCAGUCUAUCUCAAGAGGCAAUGGAGUGUGCCCCUUAGAGUGAAGUCAAACCGCUAGAGAAUCACAGCGCCUGCUGUGGCUGCAGAGACCCGUAACUUGUAACUGCUGCUUCCCAUGUUGUUUUUGCUGUAUUAGCAGCACCAAAGUGAGCUCUCUGUGGUGCAAGUCUGGGCAUUGUGUAUGAAGGUCCUAGGCGGUAUAUCAGAAAUAAGAUAAUUCUAGAUCUGUUUCCUCCUUUCAUUUUCUAUUGCAGUCAUUUUUAGGUUAUUGUGUUUAAGCCAAAUGUAAUGGCCUGAUUGUGAGAGCUGUUCAUGUCACAGUGCAACAUGAGAAAAGUGUUAAGUUUCUCUUGGGACACAGGCUAAUCUAAAUGACCUUUAACAUGUUUUUGGAAGACUGGAAAAAGGUUGAGAUCAUGCUACUUCGGCAUUAAACUUGGGAAGAUUAUUUAGCAAAAGGACACUAAGGAACUGAAGUACAAUACUUUUUAAAGCUCCCGUGAACCAUUUGGAUACAAAAGGCUCAAGCUGGAAGGAGUGAAUUAGACAUCAUGUGGAAGCCAAGAAGAGACUCUGGUUUUACUACAUGUUUCAUGGAUGUGGGCUCUUUUGAGUUCCAUUAUUCAUAACUGGGGGGAGUUUUCUGUGGUUUCUGUUUUGUUUCAGGGGCGUUUGUGUGUUAGGGCAGAUUUACCCUCAAUGUUUUUGCAAGCUCCACAUAGCUUUCUUCUGCUGAUACUUAGAUGUGCACCAGGAUUUGGGAGGAGGGUGAUUGGAUGUCCUAUUCUUGGAGGAACUUCUUGCUGUAAUGUUUAUGCUUCUGUCAGAACAAUUUAGUAUAGUGAUGGUGCUGAAAUUUUAAUCAGCUGGUUCAGUCUAUGGAUUUAUCCAGGUCAUAAUGCUCAAGUGUUUUGCAAAUUGACUGGCAUUCCUCCAGAAGUUUUAUCCAGUUUGGAAUGUUACAUGAGAGCCAUGCAUGCACAGAUAGCAUUCAGAAGAGCAAGUGCCCCAAAGAUAGAAGUUAUUUAAUAUUAAGCCUUUUUCUUGAUGACCCUCUUGGGUGGAAUUCCAUGACCUGACAAAGCAGUCUUUAGUUUGGUGAGUAUCUUCUUUAGUGUAUUAUCUUGAUUGCUUCUUGCUACAAAUGUUUGAUGUGGUCCCUUCCUAUCCAGAUCUAAAACUCCUUCUUUUUACUUAAGGGUGUUUGUAGGGGGAGGGGAGUUGAAUUUACAGAUGGCUCCCCAUGAUGGCAGGUGAAACUAAACUAUAAUUUCUCAGGAACAGUACAAUAACUUAGAUGCAUGCAGCACCAUGAAUGUAUGUGCUAACAUUGUACCUGGGACUCUUGAGAGCAAAAACUCAAAAACAUAUGAGCAGAGAAAGCUCAUAAAAUACAAAGUUAAUACAGAAUUGUUUUGCGGGGAAUUUGCCUAUCACUUAUUUAGGACUGAAUCAGUUUGUUUUAAAUUAUCAAUGUAUAGCUUCUGUGGUAGAUUCUUUCAACUACAGUGGUAUCUCGGGUUACAUACGCUUCAGGUUACAGACUCCGCUAACCCAGAAAUAGUACCUCGGGUUAAGAACAUUGCUUCAGGAUGAGAACAGAAAUCGCGUGGCGGCAGCACAGCAGGCACCAUUAGCUAAAGUGGUACCUCAGGUUAAGAACAGUUUCAGGUUAAGAGCGGACCUCCGUAACGAAUUAAGUUCUUAACCCGAGGUACUACUGUAGUGGUAUCAGUAGGUAGCCAAGUUUGACUGGUUGUCUGAUAACCUAACUUUAGAAAGAACUACCUUUAGAAAGAACUACCUGUACAGUGCUACCUCUGGUUACGUACUUAAUUCGUUCCGGAGGUCCUUUCUUAACCUGAAACUGUUCUUAACCUGAAGCACCACUUUAGCUAAUGGGGCCUCCUGCUGCUGCUGCUGCGCUGCUGCCGCAUGAUUUCUGUUCUCAUCCUGAACAAAGUUCUUAAAACGAGGUACCAUUUCUGGGUUAGUGGAGUCUGUAACCUGAAGCGUAUAUAACUCGAGGUCCCACUGUAUUGUCUUCUGGGAGAUGCUUCAUCUAGAACGCUCAUUUUUAAAUAGGCUUCUCGUGUGAGGGAUGUCUUAGAAUCAUAGGGCAAAGCAUGAUGGCUGUAAGAACAAAUGCAAGAGCAGAUUUCCUCAACAGUCCUCUCUGUACUGUCACCCCCUUUUUAACUAUCAGCAAAACUGUGUUCUGAUAAUCACAAUGCUGUUGUCAUAGGUUUCACUGAGUUAGGCUGCUGUGCUGCUGUAGCCCUUAGUGAAUCCCAUUCCACACUUACAGUGCGAUCAUUAGCAAGUUCACUCGGAACAGUCCUAUUGAACUCAACGUAUUAACUGUGCUUCAGAUUGCAACCUUAGAUGGUCUAAACCAGCUUCCCACAAACUGGUGCUGACCAUGCAUUAUGGAUUGCAAAUCUCCUCAGCCACAGCCAGCAUGGCCAAUACUCAAGGAUGAUGGUUGUUGCAGUUGGGAACAUUUAGAAGAAAGCAAAGGAAGAGUGGUCUAAACGACUCCUUAAUUUAGAAGUAUAUAAAUUUUGGUAUCAUAACAUAGGCCCUGGGGUAGGUGGCAUUUUAACUCCUCAUUCUGUGCUGUUUUUCCUUUGUAACCCACAUACCUGUAGUGCUGUUUUCCCCAACAGAGAAAAAUAAUAUAAAUACCCCCAGCAAGCCUGUCUUCUUCCUCAGUCAGUCUGCUAAUAGCAGCUUAUAGGGUUGAGAGUGAACUCAGAUAUGGGUUUGGGUCAGAUUGAAUGGUAUCCCUCGUCCACUCAAAACUGCAGCAGUCCUGUUAGCUGCUUUAAAGUAAAGAAACAAAAUGCUGAUCAAGUUUCUCUGGCCUCAUGUUCUAAAAUGUUACAGGUAUAAUUUCUUUAGAGUUCUCUCUUGUUACAUAAAUAGCAGGAACUUGGUUUGAGUGGAAAUAAACAUUGUAUGUAGGUUUUGUUACUAUUCCCUUUCAUAUAGUCCCAAGUCAGCAGUGAAAUAUCCAAAAGUUGUUCAUAGAGAGAAGUUUUUUAAAAAGUUGGACCAUGAUGGAUUUGAUAUAAUUGUAUACAAAUGUAACACUACUAGUGAAAAUCCAAAAUAAAUAUAUGUUGGCUUGUUAUCAGAGACUAUGUGCAGGAUUGGAGCCUAAAUGUGCAAAUUAAACAAACAACAAAAUGCAGUCCCCUUUGCACGCCCAAACUGGCUAAGGCUAUAAUCCUGCAUGGAGUUUAGGCUGCUUAAAUCUCAUUAAAGUCUGGGAGUAAAACAAUGCAAGUUUGUGUGGAAUUGCACGCUAAGGCCUGGUUCAAAUAACAAUGACCAUGGCUUAUUGAGAAUCUUGCUCUAAGUCCCAGCACUCUUUUAUUCACACAUUAGCUUUAGCACUUCUAUUUUCCUUUGUUUAAAUUACCGUACUUUUGAACAACAACAACAAAAAUGGGUUAAGGAUGCUUAGUGGUGCUGUGGCGGGAGCAGGAUGAAGGGCCUGAUUCUUGCUCCAGCUCCAGUUUGGCACAGCAAUUGGGACUGGAAAGAGCCUGAUGUUGGCUGUCUGUAGCUGUGGGACCACCUUGAGAUCCUGCAGAUCCCAGGACAGUGAAGCCCCACCCUCCCCCUUGGAGCGCCCAUUCUGACUAGUGGGCCUCCUAUUCACUUUCAAGUUUGAUGGCUGGCUGGAAGCCAGUUUGACUGGCAGAGCUGAGCAGGGUGUAAGGGCUGGAUUGCUUUGCAAACAUUGACUUACAAACUAGGUUAUGGAAUCAGCACAAGACUGAGAUUAAAUCACACUUUCCCAGUUUGGACAUAACAGGAAACUUUAAAUAAACCAUACCACAAGUGCCAAAGCCUGUACAUCCAGGGAUCUUAGUUGGCCCCAAAUAUGCAAGUUGAACCCCUACACCCCCCCCCAAUUUGGCACAUUUUAUUUAUUUAGAAUGUUAUUGUUCUGUAUAAUACCUGUUAAAUUCACAGAGGUGUACAGAAACAUGAGACUCAUGCACACAACAUGUUAAAACCAACAAAUAAGCAUAACAAAAUAUAUGCAUGACAAAAACAACAACCCAGGCAGCUAAAAGCAGAAUCAAAUAUAGUUCCCAAAAUCAUAUUCCCAAUCUGUAAUGCUCGCACAAAUAGGAAAAGCUUCACCUGAAAAUCUUGUAAUGCUGGUGCUAGCCGUGCCACUCUGGGGUGCCAGCACAGAAAAGGCCCCCUCAUUUGUAGGGGCAUAGUGUACCUCCAUUAAAGAGGAGAGUUGGAGCAGAGCCUUAACCAUUGUUUACUGUAUUUGCACCUUCUGUUUUCCUUCCCUGUGCUCUUUAAAACUUUAUUUUGCUCACUGUUCUAAUAAAACCCUGGCAACAGUUGUACUGGUGUUUGUGAAGCCAAGGGCUUGUUGAAGUUGAGGUUUUCAUCUGCUGGAUGGCUGUAUGUAUGUUAAUGGCAAAUCAAUGGCAUUCUUUUCAUUUUACUUCCCUGGCUGCUCUUUGCAAAGGAAAAAGCUAUUGGUUUCCAUAGACUUGCAGCCCCGAGGAUGCUUGCAAAUGCCAGACUAGAGCUUGGCAUCCUUGAAGCAGGUUCUCAGGUUUUAUGCAUCUCUUUGAGAAGUUUCAUAACAGGUCACCAUCUGUAUGGACUGUUAUGCCUUUCUGGAAAACCCAGUAGGAAUUCAUCAUAGAGCAGUGUUUCUAUAAUAAACAUUUUAAGGAGGAGGAGGAGCCAUAAGCAUGCUGCUCCUUGCAAGCAGUUUUCUCCCCUCUUCCAUGCAGCUUGAGUGUGCUAUCUGGGUAUACUUUGGGACUUUGCCAGGGCUGAAGACUCAGUGGGGGAGCACUACCACAAUACUCUAGUAGACUGAACCCACUGUAGUGAAUUUCUGACUCUUAUAUCCCCAGUGGCAGAGAAGCCAUGUGGGCCAGAGAUGAUGAACCUGUGGGCCUCCAGAGGUUGUUGAGUUGCACCUCCCAUCACACCUGACCAUUGGCCAUGCUGGCUAGAGCAGAUGAGUGUUAGUGACCAAAAACAUCUGGAGGGGCCACAGCUGCCCCACCCCUGAUGUACACUUUAGUUUCUUACAUAAGUGCUGGUUUUGACCCAUAAAGCCUUAAAUGGCUCAGUACUAUAAUGCUUGAAGGACUGCCUCUCCCCAGGUAAGCCAUCCCAGACCCCUGUUUCUGAGAUCCUUCAUGUGCCUCCUUCACAUGAAGUCUGGAGGUUGGCAACACAAGAAUGGGCCUUCUCUAUAGUGGCUCCCCAUUUGUUGAAUGCUCUCUCCAAACUCUUCAAUACAGACUUUUAGGCACCAGGCUAAAAUGUUCCUCUUCAACCAGGCUUUUGGCUGGUUAAUAUUCUACAUCCUUUUAAAUGUGCCUGUGGGAGGGGUGUGUGUUAUUGUUUUGCUGUUUAGUUUUACUUAUUUACUUGUUUUUAUCCAACAUUUUAUUCAGUGAACUGUCCUGAGAUCUUAUGAUGAAUGGCUGUAUAUAAAUCUAAUAAAUAAGUAAAAUAAAUAAUUUUGAACUCUCAGAAAUGUAUUAUACAUUUUAGCGCUAUUCAUUUCGCUCAGCACCAUUAAAGUCAUGAAAUGCACACAGUAGGACUAGUUAGGCUAGACCCUAUAGAAAGCCAAAACAGUUCAGAUAUGUUGCAUCUGUAUUUUAAUGCAAUUGUAAUAAAGUAACUUUUCUUUUCCCAGUUUAUUUUAGGAUUUGAAGUGCUGGAAAUACUGUAUACAUGGCAAAGAACAUAAAGUUUCUUCAGGCAUUUUUAAUGUUGUUGCUGCGCGAUUACAUAUCGGCUGAAGAUGGUGAUGUAAGAUCAAGUAAGAAUCAACUUUAUUUGCUAACCAUGGCUGUUUAAUAAAUUGUGGAGGCUUCUCUAAUAGUCCCUAUUUUCUCUCCUCCAUGAGGUUCCUUCUUUCCUUAAAAUAAUGUGUAAGCAAUUUUUCAUUGUAAUAUUUCAUUUAAAAUAUUUUAAUGCGCUUGGUAAUAUCUUUGGAGAUAGAUUUGCAUACCUUAUAAAUGUACUUUUAGGGACUAUAUUAAGGUACCAUAUUUAAGCUACAUAGCAUGACAGUUCAAAAGUGACAAGUUCAGACUUCUCCCACAGGAAGGUAAUGUUGGUUUUGUACAGCUUGGAUCAGAGAUCUUUACAAACCUAAGGUCCAUCUGCAUUAUAUAUUUAAAGCAGUAUCAUACUACUUAAAACAGUUGUGGCUUCCCUGAAAGAAUCAUGAGAAGUUUAGUGUGCUAUUCCUUUCACAGAGCUACAAUUCGCAGAGUUCCCAGGGAAUAGGGAGUUUAUUGUUAAACCACUCUGGAAGUUGUAGCUCUUGUGUGGGCAAUAUGAUUCUUUGCCGGGGGUGGGGGGAGUGGACCAAGACUGUUCAGAGUGGCUUGAUGCAGCUUUAAAUGUAUAGUGCAAAUAAGUCCUUACAUCAAUUCCCCAGCUUCCCUGGCCACAGAACAAUAUUACAGUCUUUCCCUGGGUCUGCGGUACUGUUGUAUCUUGGUCCUUUUUACACUUGGUCUAGUUUAGACAUCAUCUUCCCUGUUCAACAGACCACAGUCUGUUGGACUGGGAAUGCACAAUGUGCCUAUGUAAUUUCCCUCCCUCCUCUCCUGUCCACAUUCCCUCAUAUACCUGGAUAAAUCAAGCCUUCCUGUUUGUUUGUUUGUUUGUUUGUUUGUUUUAAAACUACAGUUUGCAGUAACAUCUGAUCCAGGAAAUUGCUUUGUGUGCUCCAAACAAGCCACAUUGCAAUUCAUGUUGGAAAGCCUGGUUUGUGGAGAGUAUUUACACCACAGUUUCCUAGUCUGGACAUCAUGGCAAACUGAAUUGUAACAACCCGGGAAAGCUUAUGGGUGUGUGACGAGAGGAGGAAAGGGGAGAGAGUAUUUGGGCGCAUGGCAGGACUAUGGCACCUGAAUCAAGUCUUUAUGUUGUUUUAUGUGUAACUUAACCUUUUAUUUAAAAGGAGAGUACACCUAAAAUGUAAAGAGCAAGUGCACCAAGCAGGUGUUCUAAAAUAUAUGUAUCACAAAUGGAACCUGCAACAAAAUGUUACAGUGCUCAGUGAUUCUGUUUUGUGUUCUGGCCAAUCAGCUGUUCCCCGUUCCACAAUGAUCUAUUCUUUCCCCUGUAAGUUAUUUUCUGCCUUACAUGUCACUUGGCAGUCUGUGGCAAAUGAGCAUGCCCAGUGUUCAUUGGACUGUUUUGGGUCCCCCGCUUUUGUUUUCCAUCCUAAAUAAUUUUUUGUAUUUCUUCAAAUCCUCCAAGCAUGCUUAUACGUCCUUCUUGUGUUUAGGUAGCACUGUUUUGAAGUCUGGAAUUGACCUUGGAUGGCCUUGGCGUGUGUGCUUUGUGACAGAGCUAAAGUUUUUUUUUUCCCUGAGCAAUAUGCAGCCCAUUUUUAUUUUUAUUUUAGCUACCCUCAAUGAACUCUAAAUCAUCUCAGAGAAAAUUAUAUUGAAUGAUGCUGUGGGGAAGCGAUGUGGCAGGCUUGAGGUUAUUUAACAGUACAUUGAACCUAAGCUGUACUCUGUUUUAUACAUUAUAACUGGUUGAAGCCAGCAAUAAAAAUUGUGGAAUUCAGGUUCACUAGUAAGUUAUCUCCAGGGAUAGGUCUGUAUUUCCCUGUAGGAUUAUUUUUCUUUACAGUAGGAUUUUUUUAUUUACAGUCGAUCAAAAGAUUUAAACCUCAGACAAAUAAAUGGUUGAUUGAUUUAAAAAGAUCUAUAGACCACCCUUUAAUGUAAAUAUUUCCAAAGUAGCUUACAAGUUUUUUAAAAAAUAAGAUGUAUAUAACCAAAGUAAAAUAAAAGAAUAGUAGAUAAAAACAUUGCAAAAAUGAAGAAGCCUGGAAUUUUUUUUAGAGUGUUUGCUUAGCACCAAUGAGAUGUCAGAAUGGGUACUAUGCAAGUCUCCCUGUGGAGAACAUUCACAAGCAAGAUGCUACCACUAAUUAAGCCCCUCCCCCCGUCACUUGCUUCACCUCAUACACAAUAUGUACCUGAAGAAGGGCGUCCAAAUAUGACUUUUAGUGCAGGGAGUAGCAAAAUCCAGGUACUUUGGACUACAUAUUCCAUUCACUUCAGUCAACAUGGUCAAUGAUCAGUGUUGAUAGGAGUUGUAGUCCACUCUGCCGCACAUUGGCUGCUGUCCAGCAGCUCUUGAGACACCCUCAACAUCUAGAUGGGAAAUGCCUUUGCAUGUGAAGAGUGUUUUCCAUGGACAGAAGAAAAGCAAGAAAACCCACAUAGGUACCAGGCUCUGGAUCACUGGCCAUGUCUUUUGACUUAAUUCAGGUGAAGCAAUCAACUAAGUAUCUCAUGCCAAGUGUUCAGUGUAGUGGAUACAAUAACAAAUGGAGGCACAGGAAAGAUAUUUUUAGGAUGUGUGUUAAUCUGGUGCACUUUUGAAUUUAGUUAAAUACUGUGUGGUUAGACACAACCAGAUGUGGUUAGGUGUGACCAUUUACGGAUGAUGUCUGAGAGCUUGUGGUUUCUCUCCAGUGCAUUAUGAUAACCACAAACCACUCUGCAGAGUUUUGAAUGGUUAAAGCACUCCCUAUGUACGAUGGAAAAGCAAUGCGUAUUGCUGUAUUUUGUCCUCACUCAAAUGACUACCACAUCUGUUUGAAAGUUCUCGUUUCUCGAUGUAAUAGCCCAGCAAUAUAUACCACUUCAGAAAAUUGUAAAUGUAUCUGACAAAUUAUAUAAAGGCAAAGGUAAAGGGACCCCUGACCAUUAGGUCCAGUCGUGACCGACUCUGGGGUUGCGGCGCUCAUUAUAUACCAACAAUUAAAAAGCAACGAAAGUCUAGUAAAACACGCACACACAAAAUCCAACCACCUGAGGCAUGGCUUGCAAGCAGAAAAUACCUAUCGACACAGAAACUUGCAAGUGGCUCUAUCAUGCGUUUUAGGCUACUGUUUCUUUCCUAUUCCCUGCCAAAAUCAUUGCAAAAAAAAUUUGGAGCCCAAAUCCAUUGGAAAAUCACUAGAUGGAAAUGGGAAAAUAUUAGCUCAAUGCACAUCUUUCGGAAAAGCUCAUAAUACUCAGGUGAUGAGACCACAAACAGGAAUCACAGGCUCCAGCUCAAAGAAAGCUGGUUUUCCUUAAAUCCGGCUGAACCUUUUGUAGUCAUGAAAUAUGUAAGACCUGUUAAUUUUGGUGAGAAAUGCAGCACAAUCCUGUGCAUGUUAACUGCACUGGGGCUGUGGGGGAGGCACUUGUUGCCUCUGCCCAGGGUUGUCCACACCACAGCUGCCUCAAGGGCAUCUUCUGGGGCUUUAGGAGUGGAGUGCAUGUAUUCCCUGCCAUUUCUGCCCUUUAGCCAUGAGCAUCUCGUAGGGUGCUUUCAGUGAACUGUCCUUUGGCAUCUUCCUGUGUGCGCCAUUCUUUAGGGGUGUGCGGCUGGUGGCAGCAGCCUGUGCGGAUGUUUGAUUGUCAGUGGUGCGAUGUUGGGUACAGGGUGUGCUUCACAUGUGUUUGUCUAUCUGGUUGUGCUGUGUUGCGCUGUUCCUGCUUGUGACAGUGCAGUUGGUGCGGUGAGUGUGCCUUCUGGUGCGUGGCAUGCAGUGCCUGCUGUCUGGCUGCUGUGGUGAGUGUCUAUAGGGAUGCCACGUGCACUCUGUCCCCUGUUUAUCUGCAUGCCUACACUUGCACUUUGAGCUGCUUCCCAUGAGCUGUCUUUGAGCAUUAUUGCAGUCCGUAUGCACCUGUUAAGGGCACUUGUGGACUAUCCUCUGUGCACCAAAAGGUGGCUGCAGUUCCCAUAGUAAUGCUGGCUGAGCUGGCUCUGUGUUUUGCUGGCUCCUUUUCUCUCUGCUGGGCUGGAGCCAGCUCAUCUGGUGUUUAACCCUCCCUGGGGCUCCUGAACAGAGUUUGGAUCUAGCAUACUUCACCAGUUUAUUUUAAGACAAUGUAUUGUAUGACAGCUCCCCCUAUUUAGGAUUUCUCUGCCAAUUAGUUGAAUUCAGUACCCACUGAAAUCAGUGGCGCUUAAGUCAUGAAUAACUUUCCCCCAUUGAUUUAAGUGGAACCUAACUUCAAUUAACUUUGUUUUGAUCCCACCCGAUCAUGGCAUAAAUGUUUGCAAAAAUAUCAUGCCCUUGACCCUUGAAGAUAGAACACUGAGAUUACAUUCAAUACAGAUUACUGAAUUUGAUUUCUGUUUUUCUCUCUCUCUCCUCUCUCUCCAUUUUUAAGGUUGUCGAACUGCCCCAACAGAUCUAGUGUUCAUAUUGGAUGGCUCCUGGAGUGUUGGCCCAGAAAACUUUGAAAUAGUCAAAAGGUGGCUUGUCAAUAUUACAAGUAACUUUGACAUUGGACCAAAGUUCAUUCAAGUUGGAGUAGUUCAGUACAGUGAUUAUCCUGUGCUUGAAAUCCCACUUGGGUCUCAUGAUUCAAAUGAAAACCUCGUCAGAGGAAUGGAAUACAUACAGUACUUGGGUGGAAAUACAAGAACAGGGAAAGCCAUUCAGUUUGCAAUCGAUCACCUAUUUGCCAAAUCCGCAAGGUUCCUUACAAAAAUCGCAGUGGUACUUACCGACGGAAAGUCACAAGAUGACGUCAAAGAAGUGGCAGCUGAAGCAAGAAAAAACAAGAUCACUCUGUUUGCCAUUGGAGUUGGGUCAGAAACCGAAGAGGAUGAACUAAGAGCCAUUGCCAACAAGCCCUCGUCAACAUAUGUGUUCUAUGUUGAAGAUUAUAUUGCAAUAUCCAGAAUAAGAGAAGUCAUAAAGCAGAAACUCUGUGAAGGUAAAUAUUAAUGCCUUUCUGCAGAGUCAUUAACCUCUUUUUCCUUUAAGGAGUAUGAUGUGCUGUAGUGGUAUGCUGGCCUCACUUAUUUUAGUACUUGGUUGUAUAGGAAGCUGCCAUACCAUCAGGCAGGCCAUCACUCCCUCUAGCUCAGGGGUGGGGCAUCUCUGGCCCUUGGGUGUAAUUAGGCCACCAGACCUCCCCAUUUGACUCAGGAGGCCAUUUUAGCCAAGCCACGCCCACCAGUUGUAUAGCUGUUGUCAGGUAAAGAUGCAACUGGGCUGAAAGGAGGUUUGAAGACACUAUCAGCGGCUUGGUGGCAUCUAUAGAGCCCUUUGCCCAUGUGUGAGCAAAACGGAGUCACCUGACAUCAUUGUGACAUCAUGUGAUUGAUGGGGUGGGGGUGAUAUACUGACCCAACAGCUGGAUCCAGUUCCCUACCCCUACUUUCUCUCCACUGACUGCCAGGAGCUUUCCAGGGUUUCAGAAAUGGGCCUUUUCUAGGAUUUACGUAUAUCCUUCCACUCAGUGGGAGAUGUAUGGAUGUGCCUGCUGCCCCAUUAUGUGUACAGGAUUAUUGAUGGUCUGUGAGCUGUCUGUUAAAAAUCAGAACCCUGAUAGUCUUAGAGAAGAAGUUGAUGUAUGGAUCUGAAUUUUUUUGUUUUAUUCUGACAAAGGGCAGAUAUAAUUUAAUUAAUGCCACUCAGUAGAUCUGAACAAGGAACCAUUGUGUACGGCAGAAGGACACACAGGUUUGGUAUGAAAGAGAAACGCGUUUGCAUGAGAAGUGAGGAAAUGAAGCUCACUGCCAAGGCAGACUUUGUAAUCAUCGCAUCUGGCAAUUCCCAAGUCUAGACUAGUGGUUAAGAAUAUGAAACUUUUGCUGGCUGACCUUCCCCAAGACUUUGCAGCAGCCUUAGCGGUGAACUGAUGACUAUGGGGGGUUAUUGGGUUGUUGUUUUUAUAUUGACUAUAUUUGUUGUGGUUUUAUAUUUUGAUAUUGUUCUGUGAACCGCCCUGAGACCUCCAGGUUAUAGGGCAGUAUAUAAAUUCAAUAAAUAAUAAUACUAAAUAAAUAAUAUGGCUCGGCUAUUGUGAGUGGAGAGGCCCAAGAGGGACUGGUUACUUGAUUGAGUGUGGAAACCACUGGUAUGGUCAGAAACUAUCGUCUUCGGUUGGUUCAGAAACUGAAAAGGCUGAGAUGGGAGCAAGCUCUCAUCAACACAACACAAUGUUCCUCAUCCUAAGCAGAAUCUACCUGUGCUUGUGGUAGGGUUCUGCGCCUACUUACCAUGUCAUGGUUUUGUUUUUGUCUAGCUUUCCAUGCUUUUGUAGUAUCAUGCAUCAGCAGAAAGCAACUGCAGGGCUUGACCUUUUCUGACCCUGCCAGUGGAAUGACUGAAUCAGGGAUGAGGAACCUGUGCCUCUCCUGAUGUUGUUGGACCACAGCUCCUAUCAUUCCUGACUAUUGGCCAUGCAGGCUGGGGCUGAUGAGAGUUGGAGUCCAACAACACCCAGAGGCUCCUGGGUUUCCCAUCCAGUUGUGUUACUGAAAAAUCUUUCUCUCCCUCCACGUACUCUCUCUUUGCAGGGAGGUUUUGUGUAGCUACUCUACCACAAAGUUGUUUUUGCAAUGUUCCUCAGAACCUUUCACGCCCACCCCUCUUGCUCUUUCCCUAUGCUUCAAAAGUUGCUGGCAAAGGAUACUUGGGGCUGUUUCAGAGACAUUCAAAAUAUUCCCCACAUAAUGUGCUGCAGCUAUCCCUGGCAAUGCAGAGACUGCCCUCUGGGAUUUUAAAAUAAACUAUAUGACAUAGCUGUGUUUCAGGCUUGAUGCGAGAUGAAAUUUAAGCCCUAGCACUUGAAGUCUGCUCUCUUUCUAUGUUUUGAAAAGAGAAGAUCCUGGGUAGGAUCCAAAGGUUCUGUUCCAUUCAUGGAAAGAGUCUUCUGUGACUUGAAAGUCGCCUUCGGAUCCAGACCCCUGACGUGUAAUGUACCCACUGCAAUGCAUAAGAUUUCAGAAGGUUCUCUGAAUAUUUAUUAUAAUUUUAGAAAAUCCUUUAAACAAGUCAGAAACAGUACUGUUCCUAAAGGUGCUGGCACUUUGCACACUUAACAGAAAUAAAUCCAUGACUGCAAUUCUCUCCAGCAUUGCCAAAAAGGAACAAGAUGAGUCAAGGCAGCUGUUCAUCCAUGAUGGAUGCACCGUUUGUUUGUUCUUUUAAGGGUAAACUGAGCCCUUUAAAAGGGUGAAAUGAGCCAUAGAGAGGGCCCAGCUUGGACUGGGCUGUGGUGGAAAGGGAUUAACCUAGUGGUAGUGAAGUGAUGCUCUUCAGAUGUAGUCCAACUACACUAUAACUCCCAGCUCCAGCUAGCAUGGCCAAUGGAGAGGACAUACCAUUAACUACCCCUGGGUUAACCCUUUUCCUUAGCUGCUGUUUUCUGAUCAGAAUCACUCUCCCAGAACUGCUGUUUGCCUCGUGGGGCAAAAUAGAAAUGUACCGUGUGGCUUCCUGCCCCAGCUCUGAUCUGAAUUCCACUUUCUAGCUACACUUAUCGUAGGAGCAUACGCUACAGGAGAUCUGAUCAAGGCCCUCCUCACCUUUGUAUCUAAUUGUGCCUCAGUGUCAACUCUUUAGGUCAGGACUUCUUCUCCCACAUAUUUCUUGCUUCUUCCACUCUUUAAAGAACCAUGAAUAUGGAUGGUGCAAUCAUUUGUUGUUUUACGAUGAUGAUGAUGAUAAUUAUAAAGAUAAUGGUAAUAAUAACAAUUUUAUAAUAUUUCUUUUAUUUAUGGGUCAGGAACUAACAACCAUCAAAUCCAUGUAUGCCUUCUGUUAACCCCCAUUUGACUUGCUACUUCCAUUGUAAUUGAAUGUAGAAACUGGAUUUGUUUUAAAGGACUUAGUAAGAUGAAAAUAAAAUAUCAAGAUUCUUAAGUAAUAGCAGAACUACAUUCUAAACCUUGCAGCUGUGUUCUGAUGUCACAGAUGUUUAAAAAAUGGUUUGCGGUGUACAAACUGUACUGGUGUCUUUAUUAAUCAGAUACCUUAUGAUUAUUUGUUCUUUCUGUUUUAAGUAGAUGUUUGCUUUCAUGUAUAAUUGUAAGCAUUCCAUUGUCAUUGCCUAAUACGUUACUGUACAAUGACAUAUUUGGGAACAGAUUAUCUGCCCUUAAAUUCAUGUCUCUCAACAGGAAUUGAGAUUAAAAACCCAUUUCCCCAACCAGUUCCAGAGAUAUGAUUGUUGGUCUUGCUGACUGCUGAACUGUCAUUACCAUGAUGAGAAGGAGUUUGAUAAUGGCAUAUAUGCAGAAAUUUAGGGUGGGGGGCUGGGUUUAGUAUUUCCUGGCAGGGGCAUGACAAAACUCAGUUCUGAAUUCAUUCCCAGUUCUCAUGUGAUUGCUUGCACUCAUGGCACCAGUGGCUUCCAGUAGGAACAGCAACUACCAUUCUGGAGCUAGUUGUGAAAAUGGGUGGCUGGUCAACACACAACGAAAGAGUGGGUUGCCUAUUUUUGUAUCUGAAACAAGCCUCAUUUUAUGCAGUGUUUUGAAUGUUUGCAUCUUAGCAAAGCAUGCUACAAAAUCAUCAUUAGUUCCACAUCUUCAUUUCUCCAUUCCCUAACAACAGAGCUUUCGCCAUAAAUUCUGUGUCAGUGCAAAGAAAAGUUGGCACAUUUCUACUUUUUAAAAUUCCUUUUAACAUUGUACCUUAAGCGCCCAGUAUUGUAUUUUGUGUUAUUUUUUAAGUAGCAUUCAGCCAGCUACAAUUUUUUUCAUAUCACAUUCUUUUAGAAUGAAAUUCAUUUCCAGUCUGUAGCAGUCUUGGUGAAUGCAAAGAAGUCAAAACACAGCUUGUUGAAUGCAAGUAGUUUGUAGUUUGCUUGACUCUGGGUCUGGCCCUUGAUUUUUUGUAGGGUCUGCAGAAUGGGGCUUCAGUGGAUUUCUUCAGUGGAUAAUCCUUAUUAUACCAGGAGGUACUGUAGAAUGACGGGCAACCAGCACAAAAGGUUAGAAUGGAUCCUUAGGACAGGAGCAACAGAGAGGAGUUAGUAGUGUCUGGCACAAGGUCUGCCUCUUUUUGGCUUGCCAAUAGCUCUAGAAGGGAAAGUGUAAACAGUGGUCUAGUUCAGGUAUAUUAUCAAACCAUGGUUUCCUGUUAUGAGAGAGAGCUGUGGCAAGCUUUGGCACACCACCCUACAUUCUCCUUUCUAUCUUCAAGUAUGAGCAGAGCAGACUGAAAGCUGUAAUUUUUAUAGUAUUACCUUCAAACUGAGGAAUCCAAGUUUGUCAAUGAAGCAUAGUAAGAUUAAACUACAGAUUCCUGAAUUUGGACAUACAGAAGACUGCAGUUUAUUAUAAAACAAAAGUGGAAGUUUUUAGUGUCCUCUUCUUGUAGAAAGAGCAGAGAGAGAAGUGCAUAAACUUGAGGCUCACCGCAGCUCAUAAAGCUAAAGCAAGGUUUGGUGCAUUUCAAAUUUAAUGACGUUGUGUUUCUCAGUCCCUUCACAGCAGCAAAGUAUGUCUUUCACCCUCUUAAUUUAAAUUUUAAAGCAGGUGGCUUUCUGCUUUUAACCUGCGCCAGUUUAUGUGACAACAUGGCAGCAUUGUGUAGGAUUAGCCUGUUUAAUGCUUGCACCCUCCCAGUGCAAGAAGAUGAAUUCUCCAUUUGGCAACGUGUGGCUCACAGAUUUUAAUCACACCAGCACAAAUUGGCCUCCUGCUGAAACAAACUGUUGCACUAUCUUGAUAUCCCUCCACGUUGGUGGCCCCUUGCAUGCUCACACAGAACUUCUCUCAGAUAGUUGUGGUGCAGGUAGCUGCCCACAUGUGUGGCUGCAUAUAUGAAAACUUAAGAGUACCAUAAAAUGCUUUUGAGCAUCAAAACUAUACAGGGGUGGUCAAUGACAAUCACAGUCCAAAAGACCUGAUAUUUUACAUAGGAAAAAAUAUGAUCAUAGUUCACAUUUAUGCCAGAGGUGGGAAACUUUAGGUCGAAGGGUUGAAUAUGAGCCUCCACACCCCUCUGUCUGGUCCACAGGACUCGACCCAAGCCACAUCCUCCCAGACCUCCCAGAUCUCUCAGGGUGCCCUCCUGUUGUGAUUUUAGCUGGCUAGAAAUGUCCUCUUGAACUGUGAUUCUACAUCUUCCUUGCAUGGAGAGUGGUAUGUAUCUGUCUACAUCUACUGGUGUCAUACUCAUCACUGGGGUGCUUCCUAGAAGGUUGAAAAUAGGUUUAUUAUCUCUGAUUUACGUAGCACACUAAAGUCAAUGGUGAGCUUCUUAUUAAGUUUUCCAAAGGAUGCUUUGAGCUGGACUCUCAGUUCAAACAACACAAUAAUUUAAUUACAGUACUUGUGCACCAGCCUAAUGGUAUAAAAUUGCACCUCAUGCUUUCAAAGUUAUACAUCGGUUACUACAUCCAUGAAUUAAACAUGGUAUGUAUUUUGGUUGCUUUUCAGAAUCAGUUUGCCCAACAAGAAUUCCUGUGGCAUCACGAGAUGAAAAAGGAUUUGAUAUACUUCUAGGUUUAGGUGUGAAGAAAAAGGUGAAAAAGAGAAUCCAGAUUCCAUCUACCAAUGCGAAAGCUUAUGAAGUAACCUCGCGUAUUGACUUGUCAGAAUUGACAAGGUACAGGUUUUUUUUUGUUUUUGUUUUUAAAAAAGUUUAUAUCCUUUUAAAUUAAAAUAAGACUUCCUUAUAAUGGACUAGAUAAUUGUUUAAGAAUUAGGAAUUCAGAGUGUAUGUUCUGCUAAUUUUUUUAAAAAAUUGCUUUCUAGGAAUGUCUUUCCAGAAGGCCUUCCUCCAUCAUAUGUGUUUGUAUCCACUCAGAGGUUUAAAGUCAGAAAAACAUGGGAUUUGUGGAGGAUUUUAAGCCUGGAUGGAAGGCCACAAAUAGCUGUUACUGUAAAUGGAGAAGAUAGAACACUGUCAUUUACUACAACAAGCCUAGUAAAUGAUACGCAGGUUGUUACUUUUACUGCACCCCGUGUGAAGGUAAAGAAGGCAUCACUCAUGUGUUGAUAUAUCUGUUAUCCAUAUUGUGAUUUUGAACGUGAAGUGAUCCAGUGUGUGUGUGUGUGUGUGCAUGUGUAUUACACAAGCAAACACACACAAAGGUUGCUCUUCUAUUUUGUUAUUCUAUUUUGUUAUUCACUUAUGGACUCAUUGUUAAAGCGUGUUUAUGGAAGACAAUCUUACUUGGCUAUGAGUGAUUGCCAAAGAUACACCCCUUUCUAUGCCUUUGGUAUAGGAAAGUAUGAUAGAAAUACAAAAAUAGAUACGUAAUCUCUAUAAAGAAGAUGGAGAUCAAUGUUAUGCCUAGCUAUCUUCUAGAGAAGCACAAGCUGGACAGAUGAAGCUUGGCAUGGUUAUAACUCACCUACAUGUAAUAAUGGGAAAAUCCAAAAAGAAUUUUGGGGUUUUUUCCAGUCUGAUAUAAUUAUUAGGCCAUUUCUUUAAGUUGUUAUAGUAGAUAAUGCACUUUAGUGGUUGAGCCCUUAAUUCAGACUGGUGGUAGCAAGUUUUGAAACUUGUAUUAGUUUAUGUCUUUACAUUUAUGGACAUGAAUGUUGAAUAUAUAUUUACAAUUCUCUCCCUUUUUUCUAGAUGUUGUUUGAUGAAGGCUGGCAUCAAAUCCGUCUCUUAGUAACAGAAGCAGAUGUUACGUUGUAUAUAGAUGACCAAGAAACUGAAAUAAAGCCAUUGCGUCCUGUUUUAGGGAUCUAUAUCAGUGGAGUAACUCAAAUUGGAAAAUAUUCUGGGAAGGAGGAGACUGUACAGGUAUGUAUGCUCAGAAUACUACAUUUGUGGAGUGCAGUUACACCUACCCAAUGUUUAGAUUUAAGCCUGAUCCUAAGCAUGAUUAUUUGGAACAAGUUCAAUUAAGUUUAGUAAAUAAGGGUGAACAGAUGGAAAACUAAAGCAGAUGAACAUCAACAAACAAUAAGCCUGUUGUAUGUUUGGUAGCUCAAACCAUGGUAUGGAUUCUUAACUAUGGUUAGCAUAAACCAUUAUUUAGUGAGAUGUCAGGACCAAACCAGUAUUUGCCUUGAAUGUUUUUGAAGAACAGAAUACCCAGUGUGAAUUGUUUGCACAAGGGGAAUAUAAGAGUUGUAAGCAGCUGUUUCCCUUUUGCAUUCAUUGACCUUGGUGUCAUUACAGAGGACUUGGUGUACAAUAAGUAAAUGCAUAAACUACCAAUGUGUGAGUCUGAACUGUUUUUAAGGAACUUUCAGCACUUUCUGCCCACGUUUGCAUUCUGCUACACAAAUAUAAGCACAACCUGCCCUUUUACAAGUAAUUCCUUAGCUGUUAUGAAAUGGAUUUUAGAAAAUAAUAUGUUCCAAGAGAUUAUGGAUGUUAUUUCUGAUUACGAAUGACCUUUAUAUGUUUCUAAUUUGUAAAAUAGUGCUGUAAAUCAGUAUGAGUAAGACAGAAUGAGUUAUUUCCCCUUGGACCAUCUGAGGCUCAAGAUAUUUGGUUGGAGUGCUCAUGAGUAUGAAUGGAGGGUUCUGUCAAUUUCGAUUCUAUCUGUUUCUCCUUUUUCCACUCUUAAAUCCAGUUCUCCCCAUUUCUGCAGCAAUCUGUUAUUUUUAAUUAAAAGCAUCAAAAAUGGGUAUCUAAUGAGUUCAUAAUCUUCAUGUUACAGUUUGAUGUCCAAAAGUUAAGGAUCUACUGUGACCCCGAACAAAAUAACCGAGAAACAGCCUGUGAGAUCCCUGGAUUUGUGAGUAUGAUAGGAUUUAUUUAUUUUUGGUAAAGCUUGUUUUUCAUUUUCAUAAAAAACAAACGAAACCAUAUAAUAGUGGGGAGGACCGUUCUCCUAUUAAGAGAGUUCUUUAUCUAUCUCUCUCAAAUAAAAGAAAGAAAGAAAGAAAGAAAGAACGCUUGAGCUAUAAUUGUGUUACCUGUCUAAGAUAUUUUUUUUUUAAAAAAAACACACUGCUAUCUGUCAGCCUUCAAAUUCCUUCAGGACAGAAUUUUCUGCAAAAUGUGUUGUGGAGAAAUUGUUGUUUACCAUUAGAGGUUGUUACAGAAGUCUCUGUAUGCUAGGGAGACACUGGUAACAUGUGACAUAGUGUAAUUAAAAGGUUCACAGGGGGUGAUGCUGUGGGUUAAACCACAGAGCCUAGGACUUGCCGAUCAGAAGGUCGGCAGUUCGAAUCCCCACGACGGGGUGAGCUCCCGUUGCUCGGUUCCUGCUCCUGCCAACCUAGCAGUUCGAAAGCACGUCAAAGUGCAAGUAGAUAAACAGGUACCACUCUGGCGGGAAGGUAAACGGCGUUUCUGUGCGCUGCUCUGGUUCACCAGAAGCGGAUUAGUCAUGCUGGCCACAUGACCCGGAAGCUAUACGCUGGCUCCCUCGGCCAAUAAAGCGAGAUGAGCGCCGCAACCCCAGAGUCGGCCACGACUGGACCUAAUGGUCAGGGGUCCCUUUACCUUUACUUUACAACUAUAUGGGAUGUGGAUGGCGCUGUGGGUUAAACCACAGAGCCUAGGGUUUGCCAAUCAGAAGGUCGGUGGUUCAAAUCCCCUCAAUGGGGUUACCUCCCAUUUGCUCUGUCCCAGCUCCUGCUAACCUAGCAGUUUAAAAGCAUGCAGUGCAAGUAGAUAAAUAGGUACCUCUCCAGCUGGAAGGUAAACGGCGUUUCCGUGCACUGCUCUGGUUCACCAGAAGCGGAUUAGUCAUGCUGGCCACAUGACCCGGAAGCUAUACGCUGGCUCCCUCGGCCAGUAAAGCAAGAUGAGCGCCGCAACCCCGGAGUCGUAUGCGACUGGACCUAAUGGUCAGGGGUCCCUUUACCUUUACAACUAUAUAUGCUUUGAUUUUAACAAUUUCUGCAGGCUUUCUAAAAUCUUGAACUGAUUUUGUUUAUUUAUUUAUUCCAGAAUGGAGAGGUAGGCAAAAACAUGCCUAUUCAUAUGGACUUUAAGGUAGUAUUUAGUAUCACCCUCACCCUUGCUUCCUUUGUUAAUACAUCACCAGGUAAGAGCAUGCUGUUUGUCUGGGAUAGUGAGGAUAUUUUUGUAAACAUUUUUUUUUCUGUUUUCAGCUUUUGUGCUCAGUGAAUAAUAUGUGCAACCUUUUUUUGUGGGGGAGUGUUAAAUUAUUUUGGACUGAAUUUGGCAUGCAAUUUAUAUGCUAUUUUUUACAUGGGUAGUGGCAUUUAGUUCUCACAUUGUUGAAUCUCUUUUAUGUAGUCUGCUUUGCCUUAGAAGGAAUAUGCUUAACAUUUAAGAAAAUAUAUGCACUUAGAGAGCUAAACCAUGAGCCCAGGUUCAGAUGGCAUGCUAUUCCAGCAGCAAAAUGGGGAGAGAGGAGAAAAGCAGUCACAUUCUCCUCUCCGGGAGCCUGAACAUUUGCUUGUUCAUACUAUGGAAUAGUUCGGCUUAGAAUUACCUGUGAACUGGGCCACUCUCUGAUUUCCUCAUCAUACGUUGGUAUCAUGAAAUCACUGUCAAGCCAACAUGGUAGAUUUCAGCAGGGAUUUCAGGGGUGAAGGACUUUGUGGAGUAGGUUGUUAAUAAGCAUAAAGUUGGUUUGGUGUGCACAAUUGAAAAUUGUUUUUGGUUUUUGGUAGUGCAUGAAUGGACCAAGCGAUGUAGGAUCUACACCACCUCCUUGUAUAUGCCCUCCAGGAAAACAAGGACCACCAGGCCCCAAAGUGAGUGGAGCUUUUCAUAAUGUAUAGUUGCUUUCAUUAUGUUUAACUCUGUGGCCAUAACACAAAUUAUGAUCAUAAUGCCUUAUUUAUAUGCCCCCUUCUAGUUUAAAGGCCCAAAGUGAAAAUUGCCUUUAUUAUUUCUUAGUUUACAGUUUUAUAUACUGCUUUUCAGGUUGACCUUACAAAUCUGUUUACAUAAGAUCAUUACAACAAUAAGUGCCAAGUUAAAAAGAAGUUAAAAUAGAAUGGGAAAGAGAAUGGCUGUUUAGAAGAAGCUGUUACUGUUGCUAUCAGUUCCUCUUAGCUAGGGGUCAGUUGGGGAGAGUGCAUGUACCCUUGACCAUUGGCCAUGCUGGCUGAGCUUGGUUGGAGCUGGAGUUCUACAACAUCUGGAGGGGCAGCUUGUUGACUUUCCUUAGAAUAAAAUUUGUUACAGUUUCUGGAAUCUAAGUGUGUAUUAGGAGUGGAGGUGGGAGAAUAAAAUGAACUGAGGCAUGCUUCAUUUGGGCCAUCGUCAGCUAGACAGAGAUCUUAAGUAUAGCUUUUAAAUGUAAUGGGUUAUUAUAAUAAUGUUGGAUUAGGUAAAGGUAAAGGUACCCCUGCCCGUACGGGCCAGUCUUGCCAGACUCUAGGGUUGUGCGCUCAUCUCACUCUAUAGGCCGGGAGCCAGCGCUGUCCGCAGACACUUCCGGGUCACGUGGCCAGCGUGACAAGCUGCAUCUGGUGAGCCAGCGCAGCAGACGGAACGCCGUUUACCUUCCUGCUAGAAAGCGGUCCCUAUUUAUCUACUUGCACCCGGGGGUGCUUUCGAACUGCUAGGUUGGCAGGUGCUGGGACCGAACGACGGGAGCGCACCCCGCCACGGGGAUUCGAACCGCCGACCAUGCGAUCGGCAAGUCCUAGGUGCUGAGGUUUUACCCACAGCAUCACCCGCGUCCCUACCAAUGUUGGAUUAGAACGUAGCAAUUAUCUCAUUAUUUGUUUUCUGCAUAGUACUAAGACUUAAUGCAGCUGCAAAAUUAAGGCCAAGCAACUUUGCCCAGGUUUUGGACCACACAGUUGUAGCUGAAGACAUGGCCCCUGGCAGACCCCACCAUCUUCAGUUUUUCACCCAAUGUUCUCUUGUAAUGGAUGUUCUGACACUCUUAAAUACUCUAGAAGACAAUGAUCUCAACUCAGCCAACUCCCUGAGUCUCCACUUGAACAUCUUCUCUUCAGAACAUGUUUAUGUACUUAUGCAUGUUAUAAAAGUCUGUAACAUCUUAAAUAUGAAGCAGAAGAACAUAUUUUGUGAAAACAGAACCGCAACCAUUGAGGAUGUAUUGCGCUGAGAGAUUAAGGACUGUAUUAUAAAGGCCAACUGUUGCAUGAAAUACUUCUGGGCUUCCCUCCAAGUUUUUAUGACUUUGAAAGUAUAAUUUCCUGAAGUGCCAAAAUAUGGAUGAACAGCAAAUGGGUGCAUUCACUUGCAACCCACCACCCCAACUUGGCAACAUGUGAUCAGGUUCUCUUGUGGCUGAAAGGCCCUAUUAGACAUGAUGUUAGUCAUGUGGGUACAGUUAACGUGCAAAUGUUUACAAAUGUAAAUGUCAGCCUCAGGGAGGCUCAAGCUUGCCAUUGUCCUGAUCAAUUCCACCACCCCAUCCCUAGUUUAUAUUUACAUUGUCAGGGAAGCCUCUUUUGGCACCAAUGUAAAUAGCACCUUCAGGGGUGAUUUAUGUUGGGGCCAUAAUGGAAUGGGUUAAACUCCCCAUUCCUAUAUCCCGUGGUCUUUCUCCUGCUUGGGCCCCUCUGCAGUGGUAAUUAGUAGUUUGAAAAAAAUGUACUGCUUUAAUCCAUACAAUUAACAUUAGCUACAAUUAACAUUAGCUUGGCCCUCCAUGAAUGAACAACAGAGGGAGAUAGGAGGUGGUUGGUUAGGGGUUAUACCUGCCUAAGCUGCACCAGGCAAAUGAAUGGGCUAGAAUGACAGGCUUAUUUCAUUUUCCAGAAGAAGCAUGAGUGGCUGAUGUUAGAUGAGGUAACCCUUUGGGGAAACACACACAUGCACAGAGAAGGCAAGAUGGCCACACCAAUUCCGCUGUAGUUUCCGUGCAGAUCUAUGGGUUGUGAGCUUCACACAAAGCAGAAAAUUUGUGCGUCAGAAUUUACUAUGUCAGAAUAGAGUGAGGCAAAACAACCUUUCCUCCCUGCACUAUUUAUGAGGAGGUUUCAGAAGGGACAAGAGGAAAAAGGACAUAUUUCCCUUCACACUCUCCAGAAACCUCCCCCAUAUUUAUAUAUAAACCCUGGAAGAGUUAGGGGGAUAUGUACUAUAAUGUUAAACUCCUCUUCUCCAUGUUAUUUCAGAAGAUUUCAGGAGUGGAAAAGAUAUAUUUUCUAUAACUUUCCCAGAAGAAACACCCACUCCUUCCACCUGUGGAAGCAAUAAAGAGUUUAGUUUCAGGGCUGACAACUAGCCCUGAACCACGAGCCCUUUACCACUUUAUAGGGCAGUGUGUGAAGGUUUCAGAAGAGCUGGGGGGAGGGCACCCACUUCCAUUCCUUUGUCUGCAUCUGAAACCACCUCCUUCCUUUCAGGAGCCCUGUACAAGGCUCCUGUUUAGGUUGAUUGAAACUCUGAGUAGCAUCUGUUAGAGGCGGGGGGUAUUGUGCAGCAUUUAGUUGCUGCAACCUUCUCAGUUCUGUUCUGUUCUAAUAUGUUUGCUUUCUUCCUAGGGGGAUCCUGGACAACCUGGGAAUCAUGGCUAUCCUGGAGAACCUGGUCGAGAUGGUAAGCCUGUGAGUACUAAAAACUUAGUCAUCUAUAGUAACUUUAAUGCAAAACUGACAUUAGAAUUGUAUCAGAACAUUAUUAAGGGUGACAAAUGCUCAUUAUUAACAUCAGGAUCACGAGUAAGGGGUGACAGUUGGAAUUCCCAAUCAAGGAGGAUUCAGGGAAGAUCCAUACGUUUUAUUGAAAAAGCCACAGAAGUAAUAUGUCAGUGCUACCCUUUCCUUUAAACUUAUAAUUUACUGGGUUUUUUGUGCAGCAAUUUCUAAUCUUACAGUCGGGCGUCAUAAAUUGUUAAUUGUUAUUGCGGAAGGGGCAUAGAAUGUCAACAAGGAUAUAUAAUCCAAGUUUCAGAAACUGAAAUGAUGGCAAGUUAGGAUUAGUUUUGUCUUUUCUUUAAAAUAGUUUCAGCCAUUAAAAAACAAAAAAAUGAGUUCUGAAUGCUGUGCUCACUCAGUUCUGAUGUGAUAUCUUCACAAUAGCAUUACGAGAGCAAGCUGCAGCGAGCCCUCGUUCACAUGGCUGAUUUUUGUUAAGAAAGAGUAGAAGGAAGAGGAAUGCAGCUAAUUGCUCACUAGCUAGUCUAAUGGCUUCCUCCUUGGGGUAAAACAAUAUGUAACUGUAUCCCACCCAAAAAGAAGUAAGAAAUGUAAUAUAUUGUUCCUGUUAGUUCUUGCAAAAAUGUGGAUGGACGGUUAUCAUUAGUACUGCGAAUAAGUCUGCAGUGCCCAUACUCACCCUGGGAAUAAGCUUCUCUGCACAUAACUUCUGAAUAGACAUUUAUAGUACUGUGUUGUGAAAGUGUUAGAAGGGAGGCUUUAAAAGGUUCAAAUGAGUUCAGUUACUUUACCAGGCAAUUAAAGUAAGGGAAAAUUAAAAUGUUGAAGCAGAAGUUUGGGUCUUUUCCCAAAACCAUUCAUCUCCUUUUGACUUUGGUAAUAAUGAAUUCAAAGAAUUUGGUUUUAAUUCUUAUGGGCCUUUAGAAGGUUUCCAGAAAUCUCAAGAAAAUGAGCUCCAAGUUAAGCAACGUGGCCUUUAUUAUUGUUAAUGCCACUUAAGGCAUUCGGUUCUUGCCCAGAAUGUAUGAGGCCUGUGAUUUUUUAUUUUUUGCAUUUCACAUUCUAUUUCUGGUAAGGAGUCUUUUGAUGGUGGUGGUUGUAUAUUUGGUUUUCUGUAUCAGCUCUGUAUGGAAAAUCUUAAACAAAUCCUUGCUGGAAACUCUGUAAAUCUGAGGAACAUUGCCAAUUACUUGGAGAACUCCAUGUUGCACUUUAUAAAAUGUCCAAAUUUCUUAUUUUGGUUGCUUAGUUACAUUUUGGCCAUGUUCGUAGGUAUAACAGAUGGUUGAGAUUAUUGUGGUGGUUCCCUUUGGAUGCUGACACAAUGCUAGUAUGAAGAGCAGUAAUACCAAAAAUACACUUCUUUCCACAUACUGGAAGAUUAUAUUAGGGAAGAGUCCAAUAAUUUCAAUAAGCAAUACUGGAGCCAUGUUCAAAGAGAACUCCUAGUUGCAGAACCUGGGAGCAAUUUAAAGAACUCUUUUCAUGGGUUCAUUUUGAACCCUUCAGAUAAAUUAUAAAUCUACCAUUUCAACAAAAUGCUAAAAUGCUCUAGGACAAAAAGAAGAAGCAACUUCUAAUGUAGCACAAAUUAUUUCUUACUGUUUGCAGCAAUCCCUUUCUUAGUUAAUUAUCAAGUAAUCCCUUGAUAAUUAUGACCACACAAGCAAGGGUAAUUGGAAACAACAACAACAACAAAAAACAGAGCAUUGUAGCCCUCCACUGUACAUGAGUGGAGCUGUGCCAGCUAGCUAACAUCUGGCUAGAAUAUGCCUGACUAACACAUGAGAUAGAUAGUGUGUAGGUAGUAUAUUAUUGAACGGAGGCCAUCCUUUGAGUUUCCUUUGCCUUUAGGAGUUAGGCAGGUGGUGACCAGCGAAAGAGCUUUUUUGGUUGUGAUACCCUGUACAUGAAGUGCACUCUCUAGAGAAACUUGGGUGUUGCCAAUUUUGAUGUCUUCUCUGUACCAUAUACUGUAAGAAGAACAUUGUCCAGGCUUUCCACUAUGCAUUGUAUCUGGUUUUCAGUGAUCUCUUGUUGUGCUGGAGAGGUAAGUACCGUACCUAAUCCUGCAGCUCAGUGCACUAAAAUGUGGAUUAGCAUGACAUCCAAGCAUGGCCAUUGUGAACAAUUUCAUUGCACUUAUGCAAAUAGACUUCCUGUCUAUUUUAUGUAGGCUUCCCCUUUUGCAAUUGGAUUUAUCUGGCCACUAUACCAGGAAGGAAAUGUAAUUUUCCACAACAAAACAAGCUGCUUGCAGCAGGUUUGGAUUUGUACAACUCCCCUUUUCAUUGUGUUACCAAGUUUUUUGUACUUCUCAGGAUUGUUGUGUUCUUGAUCAAGCAAAUAUAAGCUAUAUUUUAGGUUUUAUAUGAUUAAUCGUGAUCUAACAUAAUAGAUGGGGUUUCCCCAGCCACUCUGGGCAGCUUCCAAUAGAAUAUUAAAAUACAAUAACCUAUUAAACAUUAAAAACUUCCCUAAACAGGGCUGCCUUCAGAUGUCUUCUAAAAGUCUGGUAAUUGUUUUUCUCUUUGACAUCUGGUGGGAGGGUGUUCCACAGGGCGGGUGCCACUACCGAGAAGGCCCUCUGCCAGGUUCCCUGUAACUUGGCUUCUUGCAGCAAAGGAACUGCCAGAAGGCCCUCAGCACUGGACCUCAGUGUCCAGAAAGAACGAUGGGGGUGGAGCCGCUCCUUCAGGUAUACAUUGCUGUAUGCAACUACCUACUUCCAUUCAGUCUCUUUCACCCCUCACUAACUGAGAAAAGAUACUGCUAACAAAGACUACCAUAAUUUAAUACUGUAUCUCAGACGUGAUAAGACAGCCUUCUGCUAUCAGUGGUGACAGCCUACAUUUUUAAAAGAGAAAUCCACAUCUUUGCUGUAGCAUUUGAUUCUAGCUUGUGACAUAUAUUCCCAGUACUGAUAUAAAUAAUAGCAUAAUGAACCAUGGAGGAAAAAUAAAUCAUUUUUGUAGUCUUGUAAUGUGCCAUAUAUAUAUAUAUAUAUAUAUAUAUAUAUAUAUAUAUAUAUAUCUUCCUCAGAUGUCAAGUUGGUCGUUUUCCCAAGUGUAGAAAAGUUUUAGGGAAAAUGAUAGAAAGUUAGGGUAGUAAGAAAUAGUAAUGGAAACGUCAGAAGACUCGAAUAUUGCCUUGAUCUACCUAAAGUUAGUGAUGACUGAGGUUGCAAUCCUUACCUCCUCAACUGCAGGGCUUUGCAGAACCACCACUGCAUCCACAGCCCAUCUGCUCAUGGUGGCCACAGCAGAAGAUGAUGGUGGCAGGAUGAUCAAGCUCAUCACUGCACCAGCUGCUGGUUGGCAUAGCAAUGGAGUCUGGACUGAGCCUGAUGCUGGCCUGUGAUGACUGUGAGACUGGCUGGGGAUCCUAGACUGGCUCAGCCCCUCCACACCUUUGAAACACCCCAUUUUGGGGCUAUCCUCUGAGCUCCACCGGUACAAGUACCACCACUGAGUUUCCUGGUUCUAGUUGGGAGUAACUGCUGAAGUUGAAGUCAAGUUCAAACCUAGAUUUCUUAGCUUGUGUUUGAUCAUGAUAGGCUGAGGAGAAUGAAGUCUUCAUUUCACUCUUUCCCAGCCAACUUUCCAUAUACAAAUUUCUGCUUUUGUCAAUUUGUUUGCAGUGCAAUAAUUCCACUGGAUUCCUCCCCUGCAACACACACAUAUUGGAGUGAAAUUUGGUACACAUGUUUGGGGCCCAGUUCUAAUACCAUCUUAGUCUCCAUACACAUUUUUAAAGAGGAGGAAAAAAUGCAAAAUACUGAACAAUGCAAUAUCUCUUAUUUCAAAUAUGAACAUUUAACACAACAUAAUGCACUAGCUCCCUUGAAGAUUAAGAAAGGAACUGGAAAGUUAGUGUUGUGUGUUCAGGUCAGCAUUCUGUACGGUAAGAACCUCUUCUCAAUCAGCAAAUGGUUUAAUGGUGGAAGAGCCAAGCAACAUCUGAAGUGCAGCCUUUCAAAUCCUGUGCUUUGCUAAUUUUAAAAUCAAAUCCCUACAGUCCGGAAAAAAUAUAUAAAUAAAGUUCAGGUAGUUUGUAAUUGCACAGAGAAGUUUGCUACAUAGGUAGAGAAAAAGAGAGCCAGUAGUACUGGUUGUGCGCAAGUUCAUGCACAAGAUACUGACAUCUGCUUAUAGAGCGGUACAAGCAUAGGCUUGUGUUGCCAGGCUUAGUGGAUUGCCACAUGCCCACACAGUUAUACUUCAGGCUGCAAUAUUAUGUUCACUUACUAGGGUGUAAGUGCCACUGACCUCAGUGCUUUUGAGUAAACAUGGUUAGAAGAUUGCACUGUUGAUUCCACUGAUUUCAGUAAACUGGUUUUUUGGGGGGUGUUUUUUUUUUAAACAGACCUUUCUAUGAGUCAGUCAUUACAUGUAGGCUGAAAUCCUAAACAAACUUAGGCACAAUGAACUCGAUGAUCCCAUGAGUCAUGACUCGUAGGCUGUAGUCCCAAGCACACACUGAACUCAGUGGAAUUUACUUUUAAGUAUUAUUAUUUUUUGAAUAAUUGGGGCUGUAAAACACAGAUCACUCGUCUGAGUAGAUCACAUAGCCAGAAUAGAAAGGGCUAUAUGAAAGGACUAAAAUGUAGCCAGAAAAAUCCCCCUACCCUUAAGCUGUGUGAUGUUAGAUGCCUCUCCUGAUGAGGCUUUACAGAAGUUCUAAUAAAAGUAUACAGGCCAUGUGCCAUAAAACUUUAAAUAUGAUGGAAUAUUCCACUGAAUUAGAGUCAUUUUAUUUUCAUGCAUGCAGACAUAACUUUCCAUGGGUAAUGUAUGCUCAGAGAGACAUGUGACUGGCAAACCAUGGAUGUAAUCAGCAAUUCCCAAAGUGAGAGUCUGUGUGGAGAAGACUGGUGUGGAGGGGAAAAUGUAUAGUGUGUAAACUUGUACUCAGAUUUUGGUAAUUUGGAACUCAGGACAUCACGUGGACUCAACUGUGCAUUCCUUUUCUUGUGUACAUUGAUUUCCCAUGUCAGUAGCCAAGAAUAUAAGCAAAAGCAAAAUAUAUGCUGGAUCUCAUACCAAAAGUCUGUCUAUUCCAGCAGCUUAUUUUCCAUUGUGGUCAACCAUAUGUUUUUGGGAAGCCCUCAAAGCAGGUCAUUUUUCAGUGUUGUUCCCGAGUAACUGGUGUUCAGAGCCAUGGUGUCCCUGUCCCUGGAAUCAGCAGAUAGCUGUCAUGACCAGUUGCCAUUAAUAGCCUUAGCCUUAGUGGAUUUGUCCCUGUUUAAAGUCAUCUGAGUUGGCUGCUGUCACCCACUGUUUGGAAGUGAAUGCCAUACCUUAACUAUGUGCAGUUUGAAUCAAGGAAAUGGUACUGGAAAUGGGGGUAGGACUAAGCAAUGAAAUCCCAGUCUAACCCCCCCCCCCACCUAAAAAACCUCUCACAGGAGAUUUGAUUAGGGAAUUGCCUGAUAUAUCUGAUUUGGCUCUGUUUCACUGAAUUGUGCAUAAUUAUAUUACGAUUAUGACCAUUGGUUUUGCAGUGAUUGAAUGUAGAAAUUAAAGUGAUUUUUUUUAAAAAAUGGCAGAAAUAGGAAGUACUUAUUUUUUCAUCUAAUUUUUAAAAAAUAUAUAUUUUUUAUUUUCAAAUUUUAUAAUCACAAUAAUUCAUAAAUUCAAUGUUUUUCCAAUCAAGAACAAAAAACAAACAAACAAUGUAGACUUCCCCCUCCCCUCCCCUGGAUUCUAAUCUUUCCCCACAAAAUUUCUUGCAUCUCAUUUUAUCUCAAAAUUCUUUGUUUUUCCCUCUUGUUCAUCUUAAUUUCCAAUUAUUAGAUUACAUAAAUGUUAUAUCAAACCUGCUAACACUUUAAUAUAUUUACAGUGGUCUUUUAUAAUCUAUAAAUCUCUUCCAUUCCUGCUCAAACUUUCUCUCAUGCUGAUCUCUGAUCUUCGCGGUCAUCUUUGCCAUUUCGGCAUAGUCCAUCAUCUUAAUUAUCCAUUCUUCUUUUGUUGGUAUCUUCUCCUGUUUCCAAUUCAGGGCCAGCAACAUCCUUGUGGCUGUUGUCGCAUACAUAAAUAACGUUUUUAGGUCCCUAGGUUUUCCAACCCCUGUUAGUCCAAGUAAAAAGGCUUCUAGUUUUUUAGGGAAAGUUAUCUUAAACAUCUUUUUCAAUUCAUUAUACUGUAUAUCAUUUCCCAGAAGUCUUAUGCUUUUCUACAGGACCACCACAUGUGGUAAAAAGUACCUUCCUUUUCCUUACAUUUCUAACACACAUUAGCUUUUCAUCUAAAAUUUAAGGCUAUCUUGAAAGUCAUAUACUUUAAAGGUCAGGUGUAAAUGUUGUAAAUAAACUAAUUUGCCUUAUUUAUUUAUCAGAAUAGUACUAUCAGCAUAAAAAUAUGUUAGGCGUUUCAAUAUAAAUGAGAGUUUCAUUGACUGAUUGAUUGAUUGAUUGAUUGGUCGGUCCUGCUUAGGUUCCUUGCUAUAGCAAACCUGUUUCCUAUUCCACAGCUUGCUUAAGUAUGUCAGAUAGAAAGUGUGAUAUGGUCACUGGAAAAAGAGGACAGUAUUUUUGUUUUUAAAAAAUACAAAACCAGUAUAUUCUGUUGCUGCUCUUCUAUGGAGGAAGCACAGGGGAAAUUAUUCUUGACAUGCCUACUGGAAAAUAAGGUAUCCAAACUGAGAGGGGGAAAAUGAGAAGAAUUUGUCCUCCGGAAGAGAUGUGCACCAACAUCCCAUAUUGCAUCCUUUUCUGGAAUUUUAUUAUAAUAUUUAUUCUUCCUUCAUAGUGUCCAGUUAAGUGCUGUGCAACUUAAAACUGACCUGGCAGAGCUAGCUUUACUGAGAUAUCCAGAUGCAGACUCUACACGUGGAGCAUUGUUGCUGACCUUCUUAAAAGAAUAUCAAAUGUCUCACCUAAUAAAGUACUUUUUUUUCUUCUGGUGGUGCCAGCAUUUCCUUGAACAAAGAGCUGCAGGAUAUUGUUACUGACUUUCUGUCCAACGAUUUUGUGCUUCUCUCCCUGUUAAGGACCUAAAGAGGAAUCUUCUUCACACUGUGUACUUUGUAUAAAAGCCAGAUACAUUAACACCAUUUUAAAGCUUAAAAAAACAAACAAAAAACCCCUCAUCUUAUCUUCAUUGUCUUCUGUACAUAUGGCCCAUCUUAGCACACCACUAUUGGCUGCGUUUUACGCUCCCACUUAGAUGCUGUCUGAGAUAGCCCAAAGAGAAUUCCUCAAGUGCCUUAUGGAGGCAUUCCUUCCACAAAUUUUACAAGCAAGGAAUUCGUUUAGAGAAUGAUGGCCCUCUACAUCUUCAUUAAAUUAGUUAGUAUUGGGUAUGGCUUUCCUACAUUUUGUUGCAGGAAUUAUAGGCAUUAACCAGUACCUGGUCUCUGUGGCACAAUGUGAUCUUUACUUGUACAGGUCAAGCUUGGACAGGUGGUGGUGGUGACCCUUUGUUUUGGUCAGGGGUGGGGUAACUGUGGCUCUUCAGAUGCCGCCAGAGUAUAACACCCAUGAUCCCUUACCACUGACCAUGCUGGCUGGGACUGAUGGAAGUUGGAAUUCAAAAUCAGGAGUGGCCACAGGCUGCUUUAGGUUGAAAACUGAAAGGGAUUACCAGCCAUUUUUAAGCUAGAUCUUUUCUGUCUUGUCAGACAUUUUGGACCACAUGGUGAAUGUCUAAUGCUUGAUCUGUGUGGUUGGCUGUUGUUUGUUUGCUUAUUUGUUUAAUGUGGACAUUUCUGUCAUUGGUCUGUUAUAACUUAUUUUCUUGACAAUAUUCAUCGGUUUCCAAAGGAUAGUAGUGAACAACAAACCAUUUUCAAAACAGGUUCUGAUAGCAGUAGCAAAAACAUCAAGACUGCAGUUAUAACCCCACAUUUACUUAGGAGUAAGUAUAUUGAAUUCAUUGGGACUAGUACGAAUACUGAUUAUUUGAGUAGCCGAAGCCAUUACAAGAAAUAAAAUACAAUCAACUAAACAGUUGAAAUAAUGAUUUAAACCAGGCAUUCUGCAAUGGGACUUGCUUUUGAGGAGAGAUAGUUAGGCUUGCACUGCAGGUUGGUACAUUCAGUGACCAUGAAGCUACUUGGCAAAUCCAUUAACGCUCCUUAUUUCUCUGGAAAAAUGAGACCAAUAAUGCCAUAUACAUACAACUACAAACAGCUGUUGCAAGGAUGAAUUAAGUAUGGAUUGUGGCAUGUUCUGUAUACUAAUUAAGAUAUGAAUGAAAAUUUGCUACAGAUAAUUGGUAAUAAGAAGUUUGGUCACCAAAGAGAUAUUUGUGGCAGCUUUCUACACCAGUGUUGCCACAGUUUCUACAGUGGGGAUGGGCAGCUCUUUGAGGUGAGGGGACCAGAACUUUAUACAGUAUUCCAAAUGCAGUCAUGUAAUAGACUUGUAUGGUAUUGUGAUAUUGGCAGUUUUAUUUUCUAUUUCCUAAUCAUCCGUAGCAUGGAAUUUACCUUUUUCACAGCUGCUGCCUCAUACUGGCUUGACGUCUUCCUUGAGCUAUUUACCACAACAACCCCAAGGUCUUGUUCUUGAUCUGUCACCUCCAGUUCAGACUCCAUGAAUGUAGAUGUGAAAUUCAGAUUCCCCCCCCCCCCACAACAAUCAUAGUUUUGCACUGCAUUCUGUUUGCCAUUUUACUACUCAUUUACAAAAUUUGGAGAGGUCAUUUUGAAGCUCUUUGCAAUCUCUUUGUAUUUUAACAACUGAAUGCUUUAGUAUUGUCAGCAAGCUUGGCCCGCUCAAGUCCUAAGCACUUAAUCCAGUUGCAACGGGUUUUACAUCUGAACUGCAGAAGUGUUGCUUUUAAAGUACACUUUGGUGUAAUGUUUGGGUUUCUCUUCUUAGGGCUACCAAGGAGUAACAGGGACUCCAGGGAUUCCAGGAUCCCCAGGGAUUCAAGUAAGUUCACGGCAUCUUUUCAUAGUUCUAAAGUGGAGUCCUUAUAAAGAGGUUAAAUGAAUUAUAUCUAUAAAUAACAUUAGUAAUAUGCAAUUGUUCCUUACUAGGGGCCACGAGGCCUUCCAGGUGUGAAAGGUGAAGCUGGGUCAGAUGGGGCAAAGGUAAGCCUAGUUUUGAUAGCUGCAGUUUCUGUACAUUAACACAACACCUUUAUGAAGAACUGUAUAUUUAGAAUGUUCCAAAGAUGAACUUACAGCUGCCACAUUAUAACUACUUAUAAUAUAUGCCUUUGUGUAGAUAAUAAUACUUCUGGAAGAAUUGUGUGUUUGUUAAAAAAAAUAUUCUUCAUUUCUUUUCAAAUCAGUUCCAUCUUCCACCCUUGCUUGAUUUGCUUUGGUUUUUUCCUGUGUUCCAAAUUUCCAUGGGUUCACAGGAUAUUCAGCCAAUCACACAUGGAACUUUCAUUACAUCUGUAUGCUUAGAUGUAUUUUUGAAUGCAUUUAAUUAGUAAGCAAUGUUUCUAAAAGCUUGGCUUACUAAAAAGUUACGAUCUUGGUGUGUGAGGCUUCUGGGUGUAGCUGCGCUCAUGCCAAAGUGGGUGUGAUUUUAUUGGCUAGAUUUCAGCUCUUCUUUUUAUAAACAUAAUUCUACAUGUGUGGAAAAUUCAGAUGCUUCAACUUUCUGACAUGUCUUUUUCCUGGAAAUGUAGCAUACUUUUGUAUGACAUGGAAUCCUUCUAACCAUCCUUUUAUAUAGUUCUUGUACAUCUACAGAAGUAUGUAAAAAAUAAUUGACUGAACCAAAUUCCAACGAGCUCUUCAGUGUGCACAUAGAGCUCCCAAUGAUCACAUGAUUCUCUAUAAUGUUAAAGGGAACUCAACAUGCAUAGUGAAGAGGUAUGCUUGGGAAUGUCUCCUAACAUUUGGGGCAAAUGAGGGAACCCAUGAGUGUUUGAGCUCCUUCCUAAAUAUAGUGCUUCUAGGUGUGCCAUGAGCCUUUAAAUCAGAUGCUUAAAUUCUUCAUUCCGUGUGAGGUAGGCUGCCAUUAUGAUUUAGCUCAAUAGCACCUGUAAAAUUCAUGUCUGAACUGAAACUUGAAGUCAGGUUUCCUGAGUUGAAGCUCAUUUCCUUAAUCCAAUGAGUGGGAGCAACUGUUGGGAGAACUUCUUCCUCAGUGAAGUUUAGUGAAAUGAUCCCUUCAAUUUCUAUAUCCACAAAUGGAGCAGAGGAUUUUAAGAGGAGAAUUUGCAUGCAUCUCUGGUUGCUACCAGAUUCAGGCUGCAAUUCUCUACCCCUGAAUUCAAUGCAGCAAAGGUCCUCUUCUUGCUCAAGGUGUGGUGCCUUUGGGUGGCUUAUAUUCUUCUGCUCUUUUCCUUAUCUUGUCUCAUGGUUCCUUUUACCUCCUUUUUCUAGGGUGAACGUGGACUUCCAGGUUUCCCUGGAUUGCAUGGGAUGCCAGCAUCUAAGGUUCAAACCAAAUGCUUCUUGUAAAAAUUGGUAGGAUGUUAAAAAGUAUCAAGGGAUGUUGAAAAGCAAAAAAUGGUGCCUAGUAGCUUGUUCAAUGAAAAUGUAAAUGGUGCAAUUACUUCAUCCAAGAACUUUUAGCUUCAUUUAUUUUCAAUUAGUGUAGGCAGGCAGCUAUACUUACUUAGGAUGAUCAUCUUAUAUCUACUCUUUUCCAUCACACGGGCCGUGACACGGUGCUAAGCAGACAAUUCUCUAGUAUACACCCCACCCUGACCAAGGAAACUGGCAUUCCCAUUUAAUUUAUCUAGAUUGUUUUAAACUAAUAUUGUAAUUUAAAUAGUUUUAACCUGCUUUGAGACCUUAUGUUGCAGGAAAGGUAAUAAAUUGAAAAUAAUAAUAGAUGGCAUAUGAAAAACUAUGGCUGUGAGCACAUGCAAUGCUAAUCUAUGGUUUAGUGUCAUGUGAAUGAGCAACACUGUAGUCUCCUGCCCCUCUUUUCCUUCUUUAUAACCAGAAGGAGGAUUUAGUGGUGUUUAGAUUCACUGGAUUAGUGUUAGAUUCGAACCAGGGGUUCUGUUUUAAAAAGAACUCUGGUAAGUUUUAUAGCACAUCAGCUUCAAACCAUGGUUUACAAAGCAGUCGUGUUAAACUAACCACACUUCAUUUGAAACCAGGACCCUUUGCUGGAACAUAAUGACAAACUGAUGUUCUGUGAAACUGAAGGUAGAGGCUAACAAAGUUGGUUUCCUGGCCACACAGGAAAAAGAGAGAAAAGGGGAGUGCAGGAGCUUGAUGUUUUGCUUGGGCUUGUCCACAGAACCAUGGUUUAGUGUAACAUGUAGAUAUGUUGCCCAAUGUCAGUUCAAAACGUGUCUUUUGCCAUAUAUUCCUCAGAUAGCCUUGUACUUUAGUAUACUUCUGAUAACCUACAACAUGCAAUUGUUUGAAAUUUUGCUUAGGCAUUUGUUUGAAAUUUAGCUUUUCUAUAUUCAACUUCCUAUAAAUUGUUACCAGUGGAUUUUCAUACAAUGAAAGACCAUGGGUUUUCAUUUCUCCCUGCCAUUCAGUUAUUUGAUUGAGCUGCGGAGCUGCUUCCCCAGCACCAGGCAUUGCUGCUGUUUACUGGGGCAGUAUAGGGACAGAGUAGGGUUGUGGCAAGGUUGGGGCUGCGUUGAGUGCACCAGCAGCAAUCCCAGAUUGGUUCUGCUGGUAUGCCUGAGCAGCUCUAACCUAGCUGCCACCCUGACCUUAUCCCACCAAGCAGCAUUGAUGUUGGUAUUUUAGAGGGCAGCUGUGUGGCACCAUCCCAUCAUAUAGCCAUUCUGACUCCAAGGUGGUGAAGGCAGACUUGCAUUCUAUAAGGCAGUGGCUUGAACAUAUAUUUGCUGCAGUCUUAGGCAAAUGUGUUUCCAGGACAGCAAAUGUGUAUUCAAACCACAUCCAUAUCACUUAAAUUGCUGCCUAUCUCACUGAUUCCCAAUGUGUGGGACAUCCUGUCCUGAACAAUGUAAGUUGUUUUCUUAAAUCAAAAUGAUUUCUGUAUGCACAUUUUUUAAUCCAGGGUGACAGGGGACCUAAAGGAGACCAAGGGCUACCAGGAAUUUAUGGGAAAAAGGCAAGUAUAAAUUUAAUAUUUAAAAUUGUAUUGCUGGUAGAAAUGCAGGCAAAGUUCCCUGAGCUCAGCGUUGCAUACAAGCUUUGGGGUUCAAGAAGGCUUCCAAAGGAGAGCUGAAUGUCACUAGCCCCGGCCGCGCCGGCCCUAAAUAGGGCAGGCCACGCCCCCCGCCACCCGAUUGGCUGGCUGGGGGGGACGACGCAGCCGGGAUUCCCCUGCUCUCGCGGGGGCUGAAACCAGCCCCCGCUCACGUGGGGUGGGCGUGAAGCCCGCAACCCCACCUCCUGGGCAGGCCGGAAGUGGCUAUGUCACUAGCUCCCAAAUUCUUUCCUCCCACCUGCCCUGCCAGCUCUCCUUAACCCCACCACAGCUAGCCCCACAAUCUUCACAACAUGUUCUUUCUUUCUGUGCUUUGCACAGGGAGAGGGAAGUUCUGUCCCCCUACCCCAGUGCUCUGGCUACAUCUCUUCAUGGCUAGCAGGACUUUACCUUGGUGUCCUGCUGUGCUGUUAUCUGUCCUGGUCUUUGCUUUAGAACAGUGGUUGCAAAUGUGGCAUCCAUCCAAAUGCUUAGAAAGUUGAGGUAAUUUUAAUCUGCUUUAGUGUUUUAACUUUUGUAUGUUUUUAAGAAUGGUUGUAAUUUUUUCUUGCUUUUAAUAUUGUACCUUUUUGUGGGCCACUUUGAGGUUUUUGGGGUUGUUGUUGUUACAAUCAAACAAUGUAUAAACUUUGUGAAAUGAAAUGAAAUAAACUCCCAUCAGCCUCAGCCAACAUCACCAAUAUUUAGGGGUAAUAGGAGUCCAGCAGGAUUUGGAGGGCACCAUUUUGGCCAGACCUUGGUCUAGAAGACGUUGGCUGAGGCUUUCUUUUCCCCGCUGUGGUUGUGUUCAAUGUAGUCCUAAUGCUACGCUCCUGUCAGUGCAAGGAUUUCUCCCUCUCUCCUUGCUUCACAUGCCUGCUAAAUCUCUUCCCACAACCAUCCAGAGCAGAUUUAGGGAGGUACGGGGUGUGUAUGGGGAAAGAGGUUGAAAAUUCUUUUGUGUUAGGGCUAACUCUUGUACUAGCACAAAAAGUUAAUAGAAUACCUCCCUGUGCCUUUCAAACAACCUCCCUCUCUGUUACUGUCCUACGCCUGGAGUACUUGUGGCAUGUUUAAAUCUCUCAUUUUCGUGAUUGCUCUGGAAUUAGCAGGAUGAUGGUCCUUCCUCUUGUGAUGGAGGGCAGAGCGUGCAAUGAUGUGUUCCUUUCACCUUUUCCCCCUGGUGACUCCCACCUUAGCCUUGGCAGGAGCUUUGUAUUCUCCAGUGAAAGGCUGCCAUGCCUAAAAUCACUCCAGAUAUUCUAUACACCAAACACACCCUACGUGCCAUUCAGCUGUAGAGUGUAAGUGCUCCAGGUUUAUGAACAAUGGGACAAUAAUCUAUCCUGCCACGGUCAGGCUAGGAACUGAUGAGCUGACUUCCCCUCACUGCAUGUGUAUGGAUGUUGUGUCAUGGAUUAAUCACUCGAAUUGCCUCAGGUCGUGAUGACACACUGGCUUACUUUGCUUAAACAAUACAGUUGCCUUUCUUAUUGCCUUCUUUUAUUCUUUUGACAGGGUGCAAAAGGAGAAAGGGGUACAGCAGGGUUUCCAGGAAUGCCUGGGAGGCCUGUAAGUUUCAUGUUGUUGCUUUUGCUUUUCCUUUUGACAGUUUUCUCUCAUUACAUAAUGUGAAUAAUAGCAUCUUCACUGUAUUGUCACAGGGAAAUCCUGGGAGCAGCGGGAAAGACGGCCUACCUGGAAAUCCAGGUUUUAAGGUAUUUGAAAUAUUGAAUCUAUUCAAAUGCAAUAGGACAAAUACCUUGUACUGAGAUAUUUUUCAGGUGCAUAUUUUCUCCCAAAAGAGCUCUCGUCAGUCAAACAGGCUUACAGACUAAAAAGACAAGGCAAAUAAGGGAAGGGGAGUUAGUGGGAAAAGAGAGAGGAGGGAGGUAAAUUUGGCAGUGCUGGAAUGCAUUUGCUUUUCAAGCAGUCAUUCCUAUUCGCAUUCCCUAUAAUCAUUCAUAUUCUUCCUCUGCUGGUGUUCUGGUUUGGAUAGAAGCAAUGCAGCUACCCCCGCGUUUAGUCUUUUGGCCAAAGUCCCCUUCUCUUCACUUCUGCAACCCCAAGGCAAUUGGCAGAGGAGUGGAUGAAAAGAUUUAGCACACAUGCCCCAUGCAAAGAGCUAGCAAAGAUGUCUACCAGGAAAAAAGAAAAGAAGAAAGGAAGCACAGUAUUUACUUAGUCCCAGGAGAGGUUGUCUGGGAUCUCCCUUGCUAAGGAAAGCCUUAGUGGAGUAGCCUCCCUGGAGUUGGGGAGGAAAUUGAUUGCAGGCAGGCAUAGUUUUUUGCCUAAAGCAGCCUGGUUGUUUCAUUGCCUGUAGCCAGACAUUAUAUUAGAGAAGGGGAUAGAUGCAAAACAUUUGUGAAACUUGCUGGGUCCUGUUAACUCCUGCAUGCCCAGCUCAUUAGUUCUCCUGAGACAGCUUGCACCCGUGAGAGAAAGCAAGUAGAAUGAUCCUACAGGUUGCAUGUGGGGGAGGGAGGGAAGGGAGCUUGUAUUUAUUUGAGGGUGUGUGUGCAUGCCUGUGUUUCAGUGGUUACCCUGUGGAAGCUGCAGCCUAACCAAAGAGCAAUACAACUCAGGACCAGGUUACUUGAGAGACCGCCUCAUCCCUUGAAUACACAGUAGGACACUGUGUUCUGCAGGAGAACUUCCCCUGCUAGUCCCAAGAGAUUAGAGGCCCCACUGCAUAGUAACGCAGAGAAUUUUCAGGGUGGCUGUUCCUGUUUCAUGGAACAGCAUUCUGGUCAAGCUACGACAAGCACCCCCUAUCUGCACUUCCUGGAAACAAUUGAAGACAUUAUCUGUGCUGUUUUUAAUUAUCUUUAAGCUGUGUUUAUAUUGCAUACAUUGCCUUGAGACAUAUAUGUGGAAGGUAAUUAAUAACUAAUAAUAAAAUGUAUGUAAGGAGGACUGAAGUCAUAUGCAGUUACUUGUAUUUCAUUUAUCUUUAAAAUGCUGCCAUUGGGGCCACCCCUGUACCAAAGCUUUCUUUGUUGCUGCAGCAGAAGUUCUUGUAGUUACCCCUGUUCCUGUAAACUCAACACAUGUACAGUCCUCAUGGAUCCUUUCUCUUCAUGGGUGGUGCUGGUUUGGCUGCAUAACCAACAGCACUCAGUAGCUGAAGAUGAGAAAUAGAGGGAAUAGGGAGAAUGUAUUGGAUUGUCAUCUGAAUGGUUUUUCCUGCUGGUGAUGUGGGCUCAGUGCAUUCUUUUAAAAUUCUAUGUCUUUAUGUUUGAAAAUCAUUACAUUCUCGAGUCACUCUUUGAUAACGGGAAGAUACAGAAAAGGAAGAGUUUGCUGCACAUAUUCUCAUUUUCUUUAAGCUAUAAAAGCAGUAGUCUCUUAUUUCUGCUGGAGUAAAAUGUUGUCAGCUUGCCUUUGAACAUCUGCUCUCCAUAAAACACCACUUUACUUUGGGCUUUAUUGUAAUCAAAAUCAGAGGAUUUUUACAAGCAUCUUUGGAGAUUUCUGCUGGAGCCUUCCUUAUUUUCUUAGAAAAAUUCAGAAACAGAUUUAUUAUUGGAAACAGUAAGAAAUACUUUGCUGCACACCAAACCCAUCCUUUCUACAAUUUGGCCUCUGUGUGGUCACACACAUGGGGAUCCUCUUCUGUGGAAUGAUCCAAAAUGCAACCCUUCUUUGUGAAAUGGGUGAGUUUUUCUCCCCUGUCUCUUUCCAUUGAUUCUAGAAAUGCUGCAAAAAAUAGAUUCAGCCAGCCCCUCCCUUCUUACUGCAGACAGAUCCACAUCAGGCAUGAUUUGCAAAUCUCUGAAUCAUGGUUGCCGAGUUUCAAAGCUAUAGCUAAAUCAAGCCUGCACAAGAUGUUCUCUAUAGUUUCCCCAUAACUGCUACACUUCUUAUGAUAACCAGUGCUCUACUUUUAUCAUGCUGGCUCUUUGGUAACUAUAGUUAACAAAUUACGAACCACGAUUGAGAUCAUGCACUCCCAUUCCACAGCUCCUUCCCAUUGCAGAAUGAAGAACACAUACAGUCCUUAACCACAGCUAAGCAAUUAGUCAUUCAGCACCAGCGCUAACCAUGGUUAAGGCUAGCUAGGAUUUCCCCUCACAGUAGUAUCUGAAAUGCAAUUUAAACUGCAGAUUUGAAUUCUGGGUGAAGGGGAACGGGACAGCCUUAAUGUUGGCACUGACAGUGCUUAACCAUGGUUUAAGGGGGAGGAGUGUAUUUGCUUUGGGGGUGGGUGAGGGCAGAUCACAGCAUUUCUGAGACUGGCUCCUGGUUUCUUAAUUGUCUGGGGAAUCACUGUUAAUCUGCACCAUCCCUUCUUGUUCAGAGGUGAUUCAAGCUGUGGCUGCAAAGGAAGGAUCUCACUUUGUAAUUCAAGCCGGGGCUACACUUUCCUUAAAUUCAAUCCACAAUUCAGUUUUAUCUUCACAACCCUGUCAGUUACGUUUAGUGUGAGAGAUGGUGACUGAUCCAAAGUCACACUCUCAGCUUUGUCGCUGAGUGGGGAUUUGAGCAUGGGUCUCCUCAGCCCUUGUCCGACAACCUAACCACUGUACCCCAGUCUCCCUUACAAUGGAUAUCAGUGACUUAAGGGCACUGCAGUAUGAACCAUCACAGCUAAUGAACCAUCACAGCUAGCAGACAGAAAGACAGCCAGGUUUUUAACAGGUUCCCUAAAAAGAAGAAGUUUGGCAGCAUUAUGCCCAGAGUUAGUUUUACUGCCAAGGCUGCCAAGUCAGCCUUUCAAAUCAGUUUGUUUAGAUUUGAAUAAAUAUGUCGAAGUACGAGCAAGGCAACCUUCUUCCUUCAUUCUUGUGUUCAAAGAAAAAUAGUGACUGGUGCAGUCACAAUUCCAAAAAAUAAUGAGGGUUUAGAUCUAAAGGACCAUGUCUGCUUAUGUGUGUUUCUGAAAUUUGAGUAAAGCAGCCACUUGGCCUGCAUUGGAUGCCAUUCCCAGAGGGUUCUCUGACAUUCAGGAGCAGCUCUUCAGGGUGGGGAGGAUGAGAGGCUGUAGUAGGGAGGAGCUUUCAGAUAUGACUAGUAGUCUGAAGACACCUCUUUGGAUCUUGUGCAAUGUCUGCAACUCAGAUGAGUGCAGGAGGAUAACCUAAACAAUGGCUUGGGGCAGUGGGAAGAAAUGUCAUAGCUAUUCAUGGUGAUGUAAUACUUUUCCAGCAGAUUUUGCUCAUUUCCUCUAUAUUGGCUGAAGAAAGUGCAUGUCCUUUUAUGAAAUAAAGCCCUGCACUGAAAGGCAAACAUUUUAACCAGUUAAUAUUUUGAACUAAUUUUAACUGUUUGUCAUCAAUUUUAAGGGAGAAGCCGGACAACCAGGUUCUGCAGGACUAGAAGGACGACGGGGAGAGCCUGUAAGUCCACCCCAACGUUUUAUACUUCAGUUAUAUUUUGCACUGAUAUUUUGUUACAGUUUUGCAGGGGUUCAACAUUUUUCUUGGAAAUAUAUGUUUUUAGAGGUCUGGUGUCAAGGAAGUUUGAGUCCAGUUUGCUCUAUUAUACUGAUGAGUAGAUCAGGCUUACCCAUGAACCAGACCUCCUCAAAAUAGUGGCUCACAGGCAUACAUACAUGCCUAGAAUCAGGGAACAGUGGGACCUACUUCUGAGUAAAUAAACAGAGGUUUGCAUUGCAUUUCUAUGUAGACCUCAGUGUAAGGAUCUCACAGUGUGAUGAGCAGAGAUGGAAGGGAUCUGUCAUUUUUGGUUCUCUCCAUUUCUCAUUUUUCCAAUCUUAAAUUCAGUUCUCCAUAUUUUGGUAGCAAUUUGCAAAAAUACAUAUUUUUUAAAAUCCCCACCAGCAUUUUUUUGUGAAUUUAUUUUAACAAGCACACUUAUGCAGUUUUGCAUUUUUGCAAGCAAUUUCUCCUAGUACAAUUCAUUUUUUUAUGUUCUUUUCGCUAAUAUAGGCAUCUUUGUGCAAUGACUGUAUUUGGCUUCUUCUCAUAUUAUUCUGGAAAGUACAAAUUCAAUAGAUUCAGCUUUAAAUGUGAACUGAAUUGAAUCCACCCCCCAUUCCUAGUGAUAAGAGAAAGUGGUUCUCUGAAUUCACUUGCUGACAUACAUAACUAGAGUGCACCUGCGCUUGGGGAAAAAUAAAUUCUGAGGCUGCACUUCAAAUUAAGAUUCUGCCAAUGUGAGUGACCUCAUAGUUACUAGGAUGCAUAAACAUUGAAUGAGCAAGAGAACUGGAACUUGCUUCUUCUGAUCAGCAGUCUCUGUGUCCUAGAUAAUGACUACUAAAUAUAUAACAAAAAAGUUGAAUUAACUGUAUUGCCCACUCCGCCUAUAAUUCAAAAUGAUAUAUGUGUUUAAAAGUUAGGUUGUUUCAAACACUUAGAUUUACAGUUAUUCUUGGGAACGAACAUCAGAGAAAUUAUUAUGUAGUUACAGUGGUCUGAAACUAGUGUACAGUGAGGAUAAAAACUGGGUCAGUAGAAACAUAUGAUACCUUUCCAUGUCCAAAAUCUCUGCUAGUAGGAGAUGCUUGAGGAACAUGCCUGGACCGCUGUCUGCAUUUUUGUUCAUUGCGCUGACUUCAGCCAUGUUUGGUGCCAGGAAAAUCAGUGUUUGUAUUCCCUAUAAACAAACAAUGUUAUUCUGCCAGUGAAAUUUGGAUGCAAAUUGUUUAAGUCCUUCUUAAAAUUUAGGUCUGUGUUUUAUUAUCCACUAGCCCCUUUGAGUCUGUAAAAAGGUAGAAUAUAAAUCCAAAAAUAUAACCAGGUAGGUAAGUUGCCAUGUGAUUUUCAGAUCUUCUUUCUUAUAUUUGAACUUGCAGAAUAACAGAUGCAUUGGAAUACAAUUUCUGAUGUAAGUGGAAACUAUGGUUUCUCACUACAUGAAUGUGCAUUCCUCCUCUUGGAUGCAUGCAAGGUGGAGACCAGAGGCUUUCAUUUCCACAGUUCUCUGUGACAUCUAAAACUGAACUGUGGUUAAUGAGAACAAGCCUGGACCUAACCAUUGCUUUCCAUUAUGUCUGAACUGGGCCUGUGAUUUGUUCAUUAUUAUGCUUGAUGGUAAAUGACUAAAUAUUUUAGUAAUCUGAGAAACAGUGAUGUGUGUGAUCUGGACAGAAAUUUGUGUUCCGGAAUAUGAUGGUAAAGCCCAACAACCAAGGAUAUGCAUUUGAGUGGGUCACACAGUAUAUUUUUUAAUAAAGCAAACCUCAAAAUAUAUCCAGAGGCAGACUUUGGAAUUUUGAGGCCCACGGGAUAUCCCAUGAUACAUUCAGUCCAUUAAUCACUUGAUCUGCUGAGAGUUUCUCUAGGGAAAUAUGCUUUGCAUAUGGUUAGAAAUGGACAGAUUGUCUAUUUCUGAUCCAUUUCAGUUUCAUGUAUGUUCAUUGAUAACUAAUUCUUGUUUUCCCAUGAAUCGAUGAGCUUUUUUUAAAACAACACAAACCCUCACAUAAUUCCUAAUAAAUAUUCAUUAAUUUCAGCUGUUCAGUGUUAGCCAAAGACCUUACCGUAUUAAGACAAGACUGAUUACAGCUUGUCAUCGAGUCUAGCCAUCUCAUUCAACUGAAGUCAGAAUGGGUGCAGCACUUGUUCUGGAUUGGGAACCUCAUAAAUUCUAUUUAGAAAGGGUGGCAGAUGUUAAAAAGAAGAGACAUCCAUCCUUAUAUCAUUCUAGCUGUCCUCAAGAACGUAGGGCUACUCUACAAAGAUGGCUUAAAAGUAGCGGGCGAUGUUUCGCUACCUUGAGUUACUGUGAAUUCCUUGAGAAAAUUGUAUCCCAUGGUAGCUUUCUUGGAUUGAUAUACCCCUUGGAGGAGUUCUGUAGAGGAGCAACCUGGGUAUCUUUUUGCAUGUUCACUGAAACCCUGUUCAUGCAUUUUUGCAUGGACUUGUGCAGAGAGUCCAAUCUCCAACUUCUUUGGUUAUGGCAGCUUUACCCCCAACCACCCAGGGUUCCAAACCAUGAAGGGAAGUCUAAAUGUAUUCAGCUGAAUGCACCUAGAUUCCCUAUUCAAACCUUCCUGCUCUACACAUGAAUGCACGGGUGGAGCCAGCAUGCACUGGGUCUCUCAACAUGGUGAAUCCUUUUUCCUCCAUGAGUGCAGCCUUUAGGGAAGCUAAUUCCUUGAUAUUUGCCCAGACCCAGACUAUAGGCUUGAUGAGCGGUUGUUUUUUUUUUUUAUUUUAAAGGAUGAUUGCAACAAAUACUUAAACAAUCUUAGCUGUGAUCAUUUGGAAUGAUUAAUGUUUUCAUUUUUCAGACAAACCUAAUGGCUAUGAAUUCAACAGAGAGUUAGGAGCUCCUAAUCUCAUUGAUUGUGCUCAGUUAUUCUGUUACACCAGGAAUGUAUUUUGUAAUUCUUUUGGCAAGGAAUUUGUUUUACAACAUAUAUGUAGCUCUGAACUUCCUAUGCACUGGAAUAAUUUAUAGGGAGAGAAAGAAAGGAAGAGAAAGAAAAGGUGCUGUGUCUGGUUUUCAGGAAGCAAAUGGAGAUGAAAGAGAAUAUAACUUUUUUACACAAUUUUAUAUUUUAAAAAUACGUAAUGCAUGCUGUGGGCUUCUUUUAAAAUCUGGUUUCUUCCCACUUAAUUUCCUUUUUGAAUGCACUUCUAAUUCUAUUUGUGAUUAUUUUACUGUAGUCAAAUGUUUUAUCUAGCCAGGCAUUGCAUAAUUUUACUUGACUUUCUUCUCUUUUCUUUUACGUUUCUAGUUGUUUCCACAUGUAUAAGAUGUUUGAGAAUGAUGCAGUCUAGCCAUAAAUGAGGAAUAGGAGCCCACUCAGCCAAAGCACUGCAUGGUUUCUUUGGAAUGCUUUCCAGCUACUUCUAUCUUGUCUCAGCUUCCUGCCUCCUUUGUCUUUUUCCUCAAGCCUACCCUAACUUCACUUGCUCCUUCUCUUGCCUUUUCUGCAUCCUUCCUUCAAUCUUCUCUCUGGCCUUUCCCAUUACAUUAGCUUCUCUUUGUUUUCUCAGUGGUCCUCCUGCUCCUGUGUGGGGUUUAAAUUGCAAAUGCGUGUAUGUGUAUGCACAUACGCACAGGGGGACGAAGCCUCCACCAAACACUAUAUGCCUCUCUUUCCUAUGCACAAAUCUGCUCAUAAUUGCAGACAGCACAGUGUGGCUUAUGGUAGCCACGUUCAAAGCCAUAUGGUGGAAUUAAAAGCAUGUUACCUGAGGGUAACUCUUCAGGACUGAAUCCAGUGUCUUGUUCCACUCAUGAAUGGGGCUCUCCUGUCUUCUGCACCGUCCACUCUCUGUGAAUCUGCUCCGAUGUGUCCCCCAAUCAUCUAAAGCAGAUGUUGGGGGGGCUUAUAGGGAGGGCAUGGGGGUAGGAGAGGAAGAGGAAGUCCAGAAGUGCGAAUGGAAUUCCAUUGGAUACAAUGCUAAGACUGCUGGGCCAUUGGUUGGACUGUGCCCAAGUUUUUUUAAUGGCUAAUUCUUCCAAUGCAGAAGAGAAUUGAGUAAGAAAGUUUGAAGAGCAGCAGACUAGACAUGUCAUCAAUAGUAGUGAUAGCAGAUGAAGGGAUUGGUGUUAAGAUAUAGCUAACAACAAGAGCAGAUAUGGUGGUCUGAGUACUAGCCAAGGAAAGAUUUUAAGGAUAUUUAUUUUCUCCGAAGACUCUUUAAGUUUUUGAACAGAGAUCAGAUACAUAAAAUGGCACGUUUGAGUUUCUGUUUAAAAGUAGUGUUUAUCCCUGUUGCUCUUGCAGAAAACUUCUGUACAGAGAAAAGAAAGAUAUAUUGGAGAUGUGUGUCCUGUUGAAUAGGGUUAAUUCUACAAAGGACUUCCCCAAUGGCUAUUUUCCCCUUAAGCCAGUGAAUCAUGAAUUAUUCCAUACAAUUUAUUCUAACACUCCCAGAGAGUGGCACUUUUCCCAUUUGUAGUGCUUCCAAAGAUCCUGUUUCCCUUGGUGGUUUAACAAUUGCAUGAAAAAUCUGUUUUGUAUUAGCGUUUGAUUAGAGACAGGCAUUCCUUAUCAUUUCAGUUAAUGCAACCCUUGCAAAAUUUGUAUUUUUUAAUGACAUGGAUUGAAUUUAACAAGUUUUGUGGCAAGGCCUAAAAGAUAGGCCUGAUCUUUUGAUCACCCAGAAAUAUUACCCUGACAAUUAAGGUAACGUCUGCCUUUCCAAUCAACCGCAUACAGUACAUUGGCUGUUAACUUACUUGGGCUAUGAAUCUGUGUGUUGCAUGUAAAGAAUUCAUUUAGUGGCUUUCUAAAACAAUUCCAGAACUCAGGAUGGUUUAAGUGUGAAGCAAACUCUUAAAAGGGGGUUUGAAUGCCUUUCUUGAACAUCUUCCUUUGGGCCCAAGCCAGCCCUGUCACUUAAAAUGAAUGCAAGUUAGGAAAGAGAGUAAACUAUACCCGGAAAGCAAAGGAAAAACUCAAUUUUGUAGGCCCUUCUGGGGUUGAACAGACAUUAAGUAGCCUUUGCAGCUGCUGGUAAGUGAUAUUUGAAUAGGAAAACAAGGCUGAGGGGAAACUACUUUUAUUUUAGCAGCCUCUAAAUUGUGCAGGGCAUUUCUCAAUGUUCCAUAUAUUAAUCAUUAACUUUACUAUGCUUGCUUCGGAGAUUCACCCAGAUAUUCCAGAUGUGUCAUUUAUUGGUGAGUCAUAGGAAAGUGGCUGAAUUCAGAGAGGCUUGAUCCAGAUACCUCUCCAACUGGGGCUGCUCUGCCAAAAAAACUUAGGAUAAAGCCUAAUUCCCAUAGGUGAUAAUAGGCUGCAGCAUUUCUUCUGCUCGUUUCCAGGGCUUGCUUCAUUCUGCCUUCUUGCCAUCUUAUUUGCCCUUAUCAGAGAUAGUCAACUUGGUGCCCUCCAGAUGUUGGACUACAAUCUGCCACAACCAAUGUUGGCAGUGGUUGUAGUUUCCUACCAUCUGCAGGGGCGCCAUAUUGGCUUCAGAACAAAUGCCAGAUGUGUAUUGUUCAAGAACGAGUGACUGAAUGCCUUGCCUAGUGCCCAUGUGAAACUCCCUUCAGGAGAUAAUCUCCUCUCUAAGGCAACCUUUGUCAAGCCUCCAAUAGAGCUUGCACGCACAAAUCUGUGGAUUUAGGACACUGAUCAAACACUGAUAUUAGAAGUGGAACAGGACAAGACAUUUCUGACCUGCUCCUAAAAUUAUUAGGUACCAAUAAUUUCAACAACUACAAUAUAGAUAAAUGAGGAUCCUUUACUAGGGGUAGAGUUGGCACACCAGUCAGUUGACCUGUCAAAUAUAAUUUGGCUGUGGCCACCCACUGUCAAGAAUUCCAUGAAGCCAAGAAUACUAUGUGUAGGUGGUGGUGGACUAGCUUUGACAAGCAUCACUAUGGUGUCAUUAGUUAGCAAGGGCAGGAGUGAGACUAGUUUGUGUCCAGGAACUGUGGCUGGUGGUGCCAUACCAAGCAUGGCAGCAUGGCAAAGGUUCUUCUACUGGGGCUUUGCUUUUACCUCAGGCAUCUCCACAAACAAGCACAGAAACAGUCACCACUGGAAAGGUCACACUAGCAAGGGCCACCCAUACUGUUUUGAAUCUGACUUCUAUUUAUUUAAAUAACUGUUAUCCCUAGUUUUAUUUCUGUUUAAAGUUCUUCUUUAAAAUAAACAGUUGUAACUAUAGGCUGACCUGGAUAUUCCUCAAUAAAAGUCAAAUAGAGUAGCUGUUGAGUACACUGUUUGUAUUUACAGAAACAUUUACCUAACAUUGUAGUAAUUCAUUCUGAUUUUUUCGAAACUUGGUUUCAUCGUUUCACAGUAGCUGCUAAUUUGAUUUUUUAAAAAAUAGCAUCAGUAUAAAAACUGUUGGUGGUUGAAGUAUCUCUGCUUGUUUUGUUCUUGUAAUGUUCAUGCUUUAAAAAUACUGGUUCAUUAUUUGAUAAUGGGCCAGUCAAAUAUCCAAUACUACAUAGGGAUUAUUCAUUUAACCUACACAGUUUUAGGUGGGAGGCGGGGUAGGAAGAGGGAAGAGCCCCCUGUUGCAGGAUCAUGUCCAUCACUGGAUCUCUCUGCCCAUUUUCUCGGUGUCUUUCACAACCCGUUUAAGGCUCACCCCACAGUUUGAGAGCUCAUGCUAUGUUUGAAACUUUCAUUGUUGAUCUUCUUGCCAAAUGUUCCAUAGUCUGGUUAUUCUCCUGCCAGCCUUCUGUGUAUCAAGGAAGAGAUAUUGUGUAACUAGGAAAUUUAAUUUUGAAGGAAAAAGUAAAUGUGUCUGGCCUGUUAAUAAAAUCCAUCCAGAUGAUGACUGAUUCUUCCAUCACUUGUUCUUCAUACAAAUGUUUAUACCAACAGCAUCAGCCUUCUUUGCGCAUUAUCCAAAUGGGGAUAUUGAGGAGGGCAGUGGGAACAAACAUAUUGGUUUUGCCCCCUUCCACCUUGCAUCUUUGUUAGUUGCUGAAUCAUGGAAGAUACGUAACAAUAGGCAGGUGGGGAGCUGGUUGUAUCCAUGGAAGAUCCCUACACAUUUUGGAACAUUCCACAAACUGGAAUUAUGAAAGUGGGAUGGAGGGGUCAGAGGUAUUGUCCCUGGUGAUUCUCUUCAUGUCUUUACUUCUCCACUUGGAUACUUCCUUGAAGCGGCUACAUAGAAGAUUCAAAAAGGACAACUUGUUUCGGUGUGUGUGUGUGUGUUACCUCACUUUUUGAAGGUGAAUUUCACUAUUUUGCUGUUGCUGCUGGUGACGCCGCAUUUAUCCUAAACCAGCUAUCAGAAUUACAAUAAUUUCUCAGAAAACUAAAGCUAAUGAAUGAAUGAAAAACACUUGGGUUUAAGCCUAUUGGCUAUGACUCCAUCUAAAAUCAAAAUAAUGUAAGUCACAUUUAAUACCAUGUUGUGGUGUUCAUGGAUUACAGGAUAUUGGGGCAGGAUCAAUUUUGGGAGAAUGUUGGAACUAUGAAAAACCUUGAAUUAAGAAAAUGAAAAAUCUCUGUUGUUGCUCUUUUUGUCCAUGUAGUGGUGAAUCAGCCAGAAAAUACUUAUGGAUUAAUUUACAAAGUGUUGCCUGGGCCUCAUUUUUUAGAACAUCUCACUUGGGUUUGUUCAGUCUUCACUGGCUACCAGAUAAUUUGUGAAUUCAGUUCAUGGCACUGGCUUUUAAAUCUAAUGCUCUGGUUUGAGUCCAAGCUUUUUUUUGAAGGAACUCCUUUUUCCUCAUGAGCCUGCCAAGACCCUGCCUGCUCCUUUGCCACCAGAAACCUGGUCUCUUAAAAUGCAGAACAGGGAAUUUUUGGUUGUGGAACCCAGAUUGUGGAUCUUCUUGCCCAGGAGCAGAUGACAUGGUGGAGCUGUGCUGCUCUCCUGACCUUUCUCUGGCACAGUCACUGCUGCAUCUGGCAGGAGCACUGAGUUGGCUUGAUUGGCAGUUUUGCACUGUGCCAGCCUUGCCAUUGCCUCUUCCCUCUGCCCUCUGCCUGGUAUGCUGCAGUGAAUUAGCCAGAGGACAGUCAGAUGGGCAGCACAGUUCCACCCCACUGUCCACUGUUGUCCUUACCUCAGCAGGUCCUGAUUGGCUUUUUGCGAUUAUGUUAAGAACUUGUUUUUCAUUUUUGCCAAGCCUUGGGUUGGUUUAAGAUUUUCAUCCAGGGCUACUGUUAGUUAUUUUUAGUUGUUUUUGGUUUAAAGGUCUGUUUCUGUUUAUUAUUUUCACAUUGUGUUACAUUUUUUAACUUGGUUAUGAGGUGCUUUGGGGCCCCAUGGAGGGCUGAAAGGCAGGAUAUAUUUUGUUGAAGAAAAUUAUAAAUAAAAAAUGUGCAAUGGGGGAGAAAUGGAGAGUCCUGGGCCCUUCAGUAUAACAUGCAGAUGGGCCUGUUGAUGUACUGUUGUUGGUCAUGUUUAUUUGUCCUGUAUCAGUCAUGCUCUCUGUAAGAAUAAUUGCUGUAGCAUUGAUUCUGUGUUUGCUUACCAUACACCCCCCCCAAUCUUACCACCACGUUCCUACAACUGAUGAAGUGGACUCUAGUCCAUGAAAGCUUGUUGCAUAAUACAGUUUGUUAGCCUUUAAUGUGCCACAUGGCUUUUGUUGAUUUUUGUUUACUUUUUACUUUUUAUUUUUUACUUUGCUCUGAAGCGCAUUUUAGUUUUCUUUUCUUUCCCUGGCAAAGGCAGCUAGACAAAAUGUGUUUUCACCUUACUUAGCUCAAUUCAUGGGCAUGAAGCCCAGUUGCUAUUGUAUUUGGAAGAGUCAACAUCAAGAAAUUCUGCACCACGCCGAGAUUUCUUGAAUUGUUGGAGUUCCCAGCUUCAAUUUAUAUUUCGAACUCAUAGUUUCAUAUAAUGCUUUGCAGCAUCUCUCUGCAGUAAUUGGUUUGUUUGUUUGUUUGUUUAUAUUUAGCCUGCAACAUUUCGGGUGGAAUUCAGUGUUGCACUGUUCCAUUCGUUACACCUGUGCAAACAUUCUAGCUUGCCAGACGGAAUGAUAGCUCUCCUUCCCCCCACUAUGUUCUGGGGGGUGCUCUCAAAAAAGCCAAUUUUUUUGGGGGGGGACCCAGAGGUCCAUGCACAGGGCUUCUGCUGAUGGGCUGGUUAGAUCAAACUCUGCCUUUUGCAUUUGGGUCCAGUCCAGAAAGGAUAGCCUGUUCAAAGAACCAGUUUGCCAUUCCAGAUUGAACCUUCGUAUACAUUACUGUGCUUGACGUGCUGAAAAGUCCACAACUCAGCACUAGGGUAUGUGUAUGUUAAUCACUCUGGUUUAGUUUCCAUCCAUACAAUAGACACAGUAGUGACCUACCUCACAGGGUUGUGAGGGUCAACACAAUAGAAACUGGGAAAUGCUUUGCAAAUUUGCUCUAGAAACAAUUCUCAAUGCUUGUAGCAAUCUAUCUAUGUUGCCAAUAUAUAACAAUACAGAUAUUUGAAUCUCCCCCCCCCCAAAAAAAGUUGUGCUGUUGACGGUGUGGGUCUUUGCUCAUGUUGUUCCAUAGCUAAAUGUCAAAACUCUCACUAGUAGCGUCAUUCCAAUCCUGUUAGGUCUUGCUACUAACUUCUGAAUACAGUGCUUGUUGCUGCUGAGGUCGGUGAGGCUUGCUCCCUCUUCAGUGUGCUUAAAAUUACAGACAUUUGAAAAGCCAUUUCCCUCAGUGUUUUUAUAAUUACCACCUAAUGGGAUAGGCUAUGUCCAGGUCACAAGAUCAACAUGUGCCCUUCCAGUACAGGACAAUUCUUGGCAAGCAGGUCACGUGACACGUUCACAACAAGCAGGAUCAGUUUUGCAUGUUGUCAUUUCAACAGGGCUUUGCGGUAAUGAUGGCAGCUUCCGCUUGUCAGUCAGUCAGUUUUAUUGCACAUAGCCAAAGGCUGCCACAAUGUACACGGAAUCAUUCAACAAUUAAAAGAAAAUCUACUGGAUUGAUACAGAAAACUUAAAACAUUUAUAGAAUCAUAGAAUCAUAGAGUUGGAAGAGACCACAAGGGCCAUCGAGUCCAACCCCCUGCCAAGCAGGAAACACCAUCAGAGCACUCCUGACAUAUGGUUGUCAAGCCUCUGCUUAAAGACCUCCAAAGAAGGAGACUCCACCACACUCCUUGGCAGCAAAUUCCACUGUUGAACAGCUCUUACUGUCAGGAAGUUUUUCCUAAUGUUUAGGUGGCAUCUUCUUUCUUGUAGUUAUAUUAUCUAGACGUUACCUACUCUAAACAGAGCUAUAAAAGUACCUUAAUAUACAGGUUAAGACAAUAAACAAUAAAAUUUAUAGGCUAAAAUUAUCACAUGGCCGCUAAUAUAUUAAAAAAUAAUGUUAAUUAAUACAAUGUACAAUUAUAUUCGGAGUUUGGUGAUAAAGCUAGAAUAUAGCUUGAUGUAGAUAGGGUCAAAUAAAUUCAUCUCCUUUACAUUGGUGGCUACCUUGGCUAUAUAAUUUGCUCUAAUUUUCCUAGCGGCAGUUGCAAAGAGUGUUACACACCAGGUCACAUACUUAUCUGUGUCUGCAAGGAGAUAUAAAACAAGCCAUGUGACCGGCUCACUUGUGGCCUGAUCCAAAUUAUGGUAGCUGCCAUGUGUCUUGGUGGUCAUUUGAAUGAGUCACUAGAAAUACAGUGUGGGGAGAUAGUUCAGGGCAAUAUUGCCAUACCAAAAAGAAGCAUUAUAAUCAGGUAGUAGAGACACUGAGUACUUUUCUCAGUAUUCCCCUGCCAGUGUUCUUUGGUGUAGGAGGGAAGGGUCACAACGCAUCCCCCAGUUACAGUGGGGGUGGGAAAUGGGAAUGAAAAUGAAAAUCCUCACAGGAGCAAGACAGGAAUAACUGUCUUGUUUCUCAGAAAUUUUCCAAAUAGAAAAGUAAAAGAUGACUAACCUAGCCACAACCGGAGCUUCAGAUAAACCAGCUGUUUUUUAGAUUUAUUUUUUUAAAAAAUAUAUUCUCCUCCAGGCCAGUAUUUCAAAAAAUGAAAAGGAAGUUUCAUACAAAAAAACAAGAAGCUUACUGGUAGCGGGCUUUCUGAAACCAAGAAAACAAACAAAAUGCCAUAUACACAGAGAUAAAACAUUCAUAAAAUAAAAUCCAAUAUAGCAUUUGAUAGAAGUGAUAUUUAAUGCCAAAGGACUGAACCAAUUUUAAAGUGGGUAGUAUAACUUGAUAGGUUAGAAGCAGAAGAUACAAACUGUUCAGCAAAGUAAAGUCUAGGCAAGAAUAUUAAUACACCUGUAGUUGGUGAUGCGGAAAUUAGAGAUUUCAAAUGCUAUAUUCUAUAUGCAUUGUCAAUCAUUCUGGGCUGGUUCGUAUGUACACAGUUCAAGAAUCUUGUCAAUUCACUGAGUGAGUGUGUACCCUGCCUUCUCAUCAUAAGGAGCAAUGUGCAAAGUUGUCAGGAUGCACAAGUUUAUGAUCAAGUGUGAUUUUUCUGCUUGAAAAUUGUGAUGGACUAAGCAAAUUUUGGGGUGCAUACACACACAAAUGUAUCUUGCACCUCAUGUUGCCUCAUAUGCAUGAUGGAAGGUGCGUGCUUGCCUGUUUCCAUACCCGUAUCUAUGGGAACCCUGCACAGUAAAUGUGUAAGCAGCCCUAAGUGACAACCUUAAAUAAUGUUGCUUCAUUAACUUUCAAAAUGUUUCAACUUCUUUUCAAGGGAAUGCCUGGGAUCCCUGGAGUUCAAGGAAUAAAGGGAGAAAAGGUAUUCAUAAAGAUAUAAAAUUAUAAUACAGCAAUUUUUACACACACACACACACACACACACACACACAAAAACACGCGCACACACACACACACACACACACACACACACACAUAUAUUCUGUGACUGCAUAAACUCUUUGGGUGGGGUCCCUGAUGCCCCUUUCACUGAUGGAAGACAUCUGUCAAUGGAUGGGGAGGGCGAGAUCCCUGAAACAGCAGGCAAGGUGUUGGGGAGAGGAGAGAUUGUGCUGAUAUAACAAUCUCCUUAGCACUAUGCUGAAUUCAGCACUAUGCUGAAUUCUAGCUCUUACCAGGGAUGCAGUCUAGUUUAUAUCCUUUAGUUUUAAAAGGUAAUCGUGGGUUGUCACUGGUGUAGAUGUAAAAUGGGGUAUUCUUUGGAAUUCAUAUUACAAAUACUGAAUUUAUUUGAAAUUUGUUCUUGCAUUUUAGGGUGAAAUUGGACCACCAGGACAUGAAGGAACUAAAGGAUCACCAGGGACACCUGUAUGUCUGUGGUAUUGUAUUUUAACAGUUUUUUUAAAGUUAAAAAAUAGAAUUAUGGAAUCAAUAAGUUCAUAAGACUGAAUUAAGCAAAGGGACAAAUGUACAGUAUGGACUUGAUAAUCAAAUCGACUUCGUUGAUCAUAUUAUUACUGCAGAAAAUACAAACAAUAUUCAGUUUGUUAAAAAAAAAAGUCAAGUGUUACAGUCCAUUGAAUAUAACUGCACUAAAUCAAGCCUCAAGAAUUAGAAACUUUAGGUCAAUACUGUAAGCACACCAUUCUGAAUUGCAUUACAUUUACAGUGAGUAUUGUGUGUAAACUUCCCCUAAAAAGGGUAAGCUGUCUGGUAUCCCAAAGAUCCUUCAAAAGGCUUGCGUGUGAGCUUUCAAGAGGACAAAUGUCACCCAUUUAUUUGGGAACUUGAAAGCGAUUGUUUCCAGUUUAUUAAGCUCUUUUAUAACUACGAGGCGCCUCUGUUCUGAUCUGGUAAUAACUUCCACAAAUGAUCUCUUUUCCAGAGUGGAUGGUAUUAAUUUUCAGCAGAUGCUAGGCCUCAUCAGUGUAGUUUAGAACUGAUGGCAAGUGGUGCAUCUUUCAUUUUGUUGGUGGAGAUGGUUUUGGAGGAGCUGGAGCUUUAGUCAGCUUUACAACUUGUGAAUAUGACUUCUGUUUGAAUUACUCAUACGAGAGACUUAAUCAGCUGAAACCUUGAUAUAUAUAAUAUGGCACUAAGAGAUUGCUGUUGCGAGUAUUGGAGACAGUGGCCUGGCGCAGACAUCUUGCUGGCCACCUCCCAGCCUUGGUCAGCAGAUGGAGCUGGGAAGCGUGCUGUGUGUGUGUUUAUAUGCUCUCUCUUCCGCUUGAAAAUCACUCCAAGUCUUCUUUGCUUAGAGUUAUAUUGUUAUGCAUUAUAUUUGCACUGCUCCUAGCUCUCACUGGGGAUGCCGUCUACUUUAUAUCCUUUAGUUUUAAAAGGUAAUUGUGGGUUGUCACUGGUGUAGAUGUAAGGAGGAGAAAAUUCAUGAAAGAAGAGGGGCAGGAGAGCAAGCUUGUGAGCUUGUGGCAUGCUCCUAAUCUCCUCAUGUAUUUAGGUUGCUAGCAUUAACUCUGCACCAAGCCAAUAAGGAAGCCAAAUGGAGUGUAGGCUCUUGUGUGUGCUCUGGAGCACAAACAGGAACUUUGCAUCAGAAUGACAAAAUUAGUUCACACGUGGAUUGGAAUUAAAUUCUGCUCACAAGUGUGGAAAGCUAUGAGAAACAACCUAAGGCUUGCAAAUUUAUCCAUCCAUCCAUCCAUUCAUCCUGCAACUCUUUCCAUAUAACAUUGUCCAUGCAUGUUGCAGCAACUUGCCUGUCAACCUUUAUUUUCCUGGAGAAAAAUAGGAACAGUUUUCAGUAGUAAAUAACGUUGAAGUCAUGUAUGUAGGCUGUUAUGAGUUGGUGGAGGGUGGCAGACACCUCUAAUCUCUGGAUCCAACAAAGGUUAAAAGCUAAUCAAGACUUCUAAUUCUGGGAAAUAGCCAAGCUAGCUUCCUGGUGAGGUGAUGGGGGAUUAAGGGGCUUGGUGCAAGAAGGGAGAUGGGUGGGGGCCCUUUCCUCAACAGAUGAAGUCAGUUGCAAAAUUUAAAGUAGCAGUGAUGUGAGCCAGUGGAAAGGCAGUAAACUGGAUUAAGAGUCAGAGAGCAAUGUUUGAUGUCUGUUUGAAUCCAAGGCUGUGGCAAUGGGAGAUGCUGUGAACCCCUCCAUCGCAGGCUCAGGUUGUAUUAAUGCAUAAAUAAGCCAAAUAUCAUAGAGACACUCUGCCCUGCCUUAUUCCCAAAGGAAACACAAACCCUGGGUAAGCUGCUGGAAACAAUCCCUGGAAUCUCACACUGCUUGGAGAUUGGGGUAGCAUGCAACAUGGACCUUAAAUAUCCCACAAGUUUUAUAUUGUUUUAUUAUUGUUAGUAAUUGCUGUUUGAAAGCUUUGCAUUGCCUGUGUUCCAGGUUUAGAUCUGCCCUGUGCUGUUUUGUUCCAAUAUAAUUUCUAUUUUCCUAAUGUCUUAACUGACAGCUAUUCUGGUUCCUAUAAUUUUGUGGGAUUCAUUUCCUGGAGGAUUCAUUACUAUUUUUAUUACCAAUUUAAUUACCGAACCAUUUCAUUUAAUUACCAGUUUAUUCCCAUUUUAUUCUGUCUCUAUUUCCCUUUUAAACAUAGAUGUACUCUCAAUGCAUGGAAUAUUUGAAUAUUGUGAGUGCCACAAAGGAAAAUUGACCAAAAUAUAGAGUUGGUUUUUCCUUCUAUUAGUCACACAGUUUGUUCCAGAAAAGAACAGAUGGAAAUCCUGUUGACAGUUUAUAUGUAAUACAUUAGGGAAAUUCAGUAAUAAAUUAUUAUUAAGUAACAAUUAUCCUCAUUAUGGUUGCCAGUUUCAAUAAUUUAUUGAUUUAUCUGCCACAAUAUUGGAAAAGGAAGCAGUGAUGGCUAAAUUAUUUUGUUUUUACUCAAGUGGAAGCCUUACAUAUGAAAUCUGUUAAGUGAUGAAACAACAAUUUAAUACAUUUUAUCUUAUUUAUUAAAUUGUUGUUUCAUCACUUAAGAUUUCAUAUGUAAGGUUUCCACAUACUCUGCAAGUAAAAGGUUUUUAGUAAAGUUGAAUUUUCUCUUUAAAAAGUAUAGAGAGCUACCUCUUAUGACCUUGCAAAACUCACAGGGAGAUCCUUAUUUCAAUUCCUUGUACUUCAAUUGUGUGAUAGAAGGCAGAAGUGCUCAACACCUACUUAGCCACUGUCUUGACCCAAAAGGAAAGCAGUACCCAGCCUGGGGAUAACAGAAUAAAUGAUGCAAGGAGGGAACUGCAGCCCAAGAUAGCAAGAGGUGGUAAAGGAACACCUAGCUACUUUAAACAAAACUCGUAUCUCCAGGGACUGAUGAGCUGCACCCAAAGAUACUAAAGGAGCUUGCAGAUGUAAUCUGAGAGCCUCUUUCUAUAAUCUUUGAGAGGUCCCUGCAGACUGGAGGUGUGCACAUAUUGUCUCCAUCUUUUUUAAAAAAAGUGGGGGGGGGGGAGGGGAGAAGACCCAGGUAACUUCAGACCAGUCAGCUUGACAUUAAUACCAGGAAAGGUUCUGGAACAAAUUGAACAAUCUGUGAGCAUGUGUUACUCAAAAACAAGUCAUGUGAGACGAAACUCAUCCCCCUCCCCGAUAGAGUUACAAACUUGCUGGAUCAGGGGAAUGCUGUGGAUGUAGUGUAUAUUGAUUUCUGUGAGGCUUUUGACAAAAUCCCCCAUGAUAUGCUUGCGAGUAAGUGGGUAAAAUGUGAGCUGUAUGAGGUAACCGUUAGGUGGAUUUGUAGAUGGUUGACUGACCGAACCCAGAGUGUGCUUACUAAUGGUUCCUCAUCAUCCUGGAAAAAGGGGACAAGUAGGGUGCUGCAGGGUUCUGCCCUGGGCCCAUUGUUGUUCAUUGUCUUUAUAAACAGCUUGAAUGAAGGAAUUGAGAUGAUGUGCAUCAAAUUUGCAAAUGACACCAAACUGGGAGGGGUAGAAGAUAGAAUCGAGAUUCAAAAUGACCUUAACAGAUUGCAGAACUGGGGCCAAACUAACAGAAUGAAAUACAAUAGAGACAAAUGUUAGAUCCUGCAUUUAGGCAGAGAGAACCAGCUGCACAAAUAUAAGAUGAGGGACACCUGGCUUACUAGUAGUACAUGUGGAAAAGACCUAGGGGUCUUAGUGGACCAUAAGCUUAACACGAGUCAACAGUGUGAUGCAGCAGCUAAAAAAGCUAACACUGUUCUAGGCUGCAUCAACAGAAGCCAAGUGUUCCAGUCAAGGGAAGCACCUCUCUAUUCUGCCUCUCCAAUUCUAUGAUUCUAUGAAGUAUAUGCUUAAUUCUGUCCCUAAAUUUUAAGAUCAAGACACAGCUUGCAUAUCUAUUAAGAUUUGACUGGGCAGGUUCUCCCUCUGAUAUUUACUGGAGACUUUUAUUUCUGUUUCUUAGGGUCUUCCUGGACCUGAAGGAUCAUUGGGUUUACCUGGAGGGCCUGGGCCGAAGGUAUGCUGUAUGCCUCUAGGCUGAAUGUUUAAUGCCUUGGGAUUUUAGCUUUUGCAGACAUCAAUUUUAAGAAAGUGAGAGGGAAUUAAAACAUAUAAGGAGCUCUAUAUGCUGUGUAAGCAUAUUGAGCUUAGUCUUUGGGAACAAAGUUCUGGAAAACUUGGCGACAUCAGUAAAUUAAUGUGAGAAACGAAUGCUUCUUUGGACACUUUAUUGUAGCUUACGGUGGAAACAAUAGAAAAAUCCUUCCCACAUUAAUUGCAUGAAGGGCUCCAUGCACAAAAAGGGGUUGCGAGGCCUCACUUCUAGCCAUACCCUUGAGGUCACAUGACUCCUUGGGGCUGCCUCCUGAUGUUCACAUAUUAAUCAUGUACAGCCCAGCUGACACAAUCUGCACAGGGAAGCUUGUCUGAUCAGGGUACCAGCUCCUGGGCAGUCUGUGGUUUUCCCAAAUCAGCAUCUAUGUUCAUUUCCAUGACCAGUAGCAGUUGGUGGGAUGGUUGGCGUACCAUUGCUCACCUGGCUUCCCAGUGCUGAGCUUUGCUGCCGGUUACUGAGAGCACUCAAGAAGAGGUGGCAGGGAGGCAACAGAUUGGCUUAAACACUUUGCUUACAUUCUUCUGAGCUCCCCAUCACCUCAGUUGCUUGUCUCCCUAACUGGCAGUGACACUCGGUGUUGGGAAGCCAGGUGAGCAGCCCCACCUUGCUAGCCACUACUGGCCAUGAUGACCCAGGAAUGAUGACAUGGCGGAAGAUUCUGAUGAGAACAAAAUUCAGGCUGUUUUCUCAGGGGAAGAACCACCAAGUACAUUUUAGAGGUCCUUCUGAUCAGAAGACAAAACCCUGCCAUCAUCCUCUGCUCAGAUGAUAAAUUCUCUGUAGUACUUUUGUCUCCCUAGCCUCAUAGUGUCAAGGACUGAAAAAUGAGGCAAGGGCCCAUUAACCUAUAGGCAGUUCCUCCAGGUAGACAGACAGCUUCUACCACAUUCCAGGCCUUGUCGACCUAUAUAAGGCUUCAAUUUUGUCUGGCUCCCUGCUGAGGAAGAGAAUAUUUCAGCCACUAGGUAGCUCUUUGAGCUCUUCAAGAUCCUGAUAUUCUCUGUCCUCUAUUUCCCCCUACUUCCUAUUCUUUCUGAAAAGAAAAGUUAAUAACUUUUUAAAACAAAAGACUACAAAUAAUGAAUUACCAACACAUAAGAGAAAUCCCCAGAAUUGAAACAAAACAGUUCUAUUUACUAUUUAGUUGGCUAGUUUAACAUGACAUUGCCUAUAUCCCUUGCGAGCCUCAAACUCCCACAGAACUGGAUAGUGGGUGGGACUAGGAAACCACAUGACUUUGGGUCAUGGCUUGGGGCUUGCUGACUCUCACAGUAUGUGAGCCCCCUUUUAUUAAUUAAUGUGUGAACUUUGGCUAUUCAUUCUUCAUUCUCUCACACACAAAUGUACUCAGUCACACAUAUUCAAACCACUCAGUUCUCACCAUUUUGCUACAUUUUUUUGCUGUUGGAGAUUUCCAAAAGGACCUAGCUCCACAACCAUGUUAAAAUGAAUUGUGUCACUGUUCAGCCUUAUUAUAUGUGGGGGAAGUAGAACUACUUACAGUUCAGAAUUCAAAACCUUCAAAUUUCUGCCUAGUUUCAGCCACAGUUUGACAGGUAUUUUUUUUCUUGUAAGUUAACUGUUUAUGUAGGUGGUUCUCUUCCCAAGUGACUUCAAUGAUUGCUUCAUCAGCCUGUCAAAAUCAUUAUAUUCACAGGGUGGCAAAGGUGAACAAGGGCCGCAAGGGAAAUCAGGAGUGCCAGGUAUUAAGGUAAAUGUGGCUAAGUUUCAAUUUGUAAUGAUAUCAUCUUUGUGUUGAGAGCAUCAAUAUAAUGUUGUUCCGUACGAAAACUCAACUAGUGACUAAUAGAAAAAUUAAUAUUCUUGGUCUAAAUCACAAUAUAAGCCUGCCCAGAUUAGUUGAUGAACUAACUUUCAUGUAGUAGUUGGGAACUUGAUCCAUGGAUUACACUAUGAUUGUGAUCCAGUGGCUUAUCCUUCCAGGCAUGAAAGAGGAGGAGGGGAGAGCACAGGAACCCACGGUAUGGUGUAGCUUGUGCUCAAAGCCAGAAACCAUGGUUUCCUGCGUUGGUCCAUUUCACAUUUAACUGUAAGCCAAACAAACAAAUGUGUGGGUUGUUGGAGAAAAGAUCACCUCUGUUUUGCUCUUCCUCCAGACCUGCUGCUGUUGAGAUCAGCCAUUGUUUGGUUUAGCAUUACAUCUCAACCUGACCUCAUGGAAUGAGACAAUCCAUGAGCCUUGGUUCAGACAUAAUAUUAAGCCAAACCAUAGCUUAGCUCACAAACGGCAUGGUAGCAGCAGGAACAGAGGAGUAACAAAGUGGCUGUGAUCUUUUUUCCAGCAACCCACAUAUUUGCUUGCUUGUGCCAAUACAUGGUUUGGGUUAGCAUUAUGUGUGAACUGGGUCUAUGUCUUAACAGUCCUUUGUUCUGACAUGUAUAAACACCUAUUCAGUCAAUCAACAUGGUUGUCUGUGUUGUUGUUUUUUUUAAAAAAGAAAGAUUGCAAAAACAGGUUAUCUUUACAAAUGUGUAUUUCCAAACCACUCUUUGCUGAGACAUCCCAAAUGUGGAGGCUGGAGUUAUAUACGUAGGGGAGAAUAAGAAGACGAAGGAGGUACAGAACCCUUCCUUCGCUCACCAAUGGGCAGAGCUGCUCAUAACUGGAUUAUGAAAAAUAGUUCAAUGUCUUUGUAAAAUAGUUCAAUGUUUUUCUUAAUUUAGAUUAGUAUUUUCAGUGGCUUAAGAAAAGCUUAACAGCAAAGCAAAAUAUUGGUGAUUUUUCUUUGGUACAUAUAGGAUGGUUAAAGCAAUGCAUACUUUAAUCAUUCAUUAUAUAAUCUCAGAUUUAUAGAGCUGUUGUAUUAUUCAGGGAGAACAAGGGAGACCAGGUACUUCAGGUGAACCAGGCUAUCCCGGGAUACCUGGCACACGGGGUUUAAAGGUAUGUCUGCUGCUGUUUAAAACACUGUGAUAUAUGGAAUAACUGCUAAGUGGUUUAUGUUUUACAAGCACCCUGAUAAGAGUAAUGCAUGGUAAUCACCGUUAACUAUGAGAACUAGAUAACAAUCACCCCCAUUCAGGAUCACAAUUUCUGAGUCUGUUGCCAGUUUCCAUGCUUGUUCUGCUAACUUGUAUUAAUGAAAAAUAGACACAAUCCUAACUAUACCUCUUACUCUCUGGCAAUACACUUCCUUAGUUCCUGUCAGUUCUUUCAAAAGAAGAUACAAGAAGAAUCAAGGACUGGAUUAUAUAUGGUUUAUAAUCAAAGACUGUGAGAUACAUGCCAAUGGGUUAAUUUUCACAGUUUAUUUUAUUAUAGAUUUAUUUCAUAAAAUUUAUACACUGCUUGAUUGUGGGGGGGGGGGGACCCUCAAAGCUGUUUACAAAAGGUAAAGCAGUAAAAUCAAGGAAAAUUUACAACCAUAGUUCAAAAGAUACAAAAUACUAAAACAGAUUAAAAUUACCUCAACAUUCUAAGAAUCUGGGUAGUCUUGUCUAAACAAUAAUGAUUUUCAUUCAAAUUAAUUUAAGUUUAUCUGUGCUAAAGAAAUGAAAUAGGGACCACAGACAAUUAAAUUAAAAGUUUUUCUUUAUUAUAUAACAGCUAGUAAAAUUAAAUGACAUAUUUAGAAAACAUAACUUUUUUGGGGGGGAGGAUGAUGACAGCAUUAUGCGUUCCCCCAAUUUUAUAAAUGAUACAUGUGUUUUACUAUCUACAAUAUUACUGACAUUUUGUGUUUUACUCUUAUUCAUACUUUAUAAAAAAAACAUUGACCCAUAGAAAUCAGUGCAUUAAGAGGACAAGGAUCAAAGAGAAGCACAAUUGAUUAUUAUUUUAUUACAAAGAAACAGAUAGAGGGGAAAUUACUGACUGAGAUUCUAGAUGAAAGUUGUCCAUUCUUGGACAGUUGGAUUAGUGAGACUUCUAGUGGCCAUUAUGUGCAUGAGAUUGCACAGUGCCUUGCCACAAACAGAAACACACUUACAUUAAGAUUUCUGUUCUCAUUUUCUAUCACAGGGAUCUUGUGUAGUUGGAAAAAGCCUCUGUGGCUGACAGUUUGAUGUUUUGUGACUCUAGUGUAGUUACAUAUAUUAUUACUUAUAUAUUAUACUUGUGUGUUGCUUUUAUUUCACCUGUGUGCAUAAUCAUUGUAACUUACAUUUCAAUAGAAGUUGUUUUUUCUCUUAUUUUCAGGGAGAUAAAGGAAACAUUGGGGAAAGAGGCAUCCAGGUAUAAACUUUUCAACAGUUAAAAUAACUUGGAAUGCCUGCUCGCUGUAGAUAGUUCACUCUAUAUGGCAUUAGUAUUUUUAAAUGAAAAUAAUUACUCUUAAAAAAAUGUCAGAGCAUGGUAUGUCCCACAGACCAAGCAGUAGCCAAUGUGGUGUCCUCCACAUGUUCUUGGAUUCAAACUCCCAUCAGCUCCUCAGCUAUAAUGACCAAUAGUGAGGGAUGAUGGGAGUUGUGCUUCAGCAACAUCUGGAGGGCAGCAUGUUCGGUACUCCUGCCACAGAUCACAUCAAGCAUGCUGAAUUUUCCUCAGCAUCAUGGUGCAGUCAUGGUGUUUGAAUAAACCUCGAUAUAAGUAGUCCAAAGCCUGAUCUAAAGGAUUAACCAUAUCAAUCUGAAAAUGAAAAGUUACAAUCUUAUUACAGUAAUAUUUUUUAACUUAAAAAAUGGACGGAGACAUAAUUCUUUAAUAACCCAGCUAUGUUUGGGUUGAUUUCUAAAGGAGAAAUUAAGCCGCUACUACUCAAAACAAAAUUUAGUUCCUAAAGGCAGUUGGGUAAAACAGGCAAUUUAUCUUCACCUUCAUGGAAUAUUUGACCAUUGUCAAAUAACAGAAGAUUGACUGAAGGACAUGCCAAUUCUUGAUCAAUGUAAUGUUUUGUAUGUGGUGCUGCCUUUCAAGACCAAAAUAUGUCAUAUACAGAGCUAUUUUUCUAGGAAGAGAGGUGCCAGAACUCACCAUGAACACCUCCCUUGUUCUCUUAUAAUAGCAAUGGAGCCCACCUGAGAGGUACAGGAACUGAGUUCCUGUGAGUUUCCCCUGAAAGAAAAGCCACACACAUCUUCAGUUUGCAAUUCAAACAACUGGUUUUCAUCUCUAAAGCACUAAAGCCUAGUUCCAGGACAUCUGAAGGAUGCUUGCCCCAAGAUUACUCUGCCUAUCUGCUUGAUGGCAUCAGAGAGUAUUUUACCAGUCUUUCCACCUUUGGCAGUGAGGUUUGUGGAAAAAAGAGCGACUUUUUUUGUGGUGGUGAUACAUCUCCUUGGAGAUGAUAACACCUUUACAUUUCUGAUGUGUUGGUGGUUGUUUUCUACAGAUAGUGGAUGUAUUGUAUGAUUUUGGCUUGUCAAUUGCCAGCUGUUUUGAAGUAUUGGGGGAAGGGGCAUGUUAAUAAAUGCAAACAACACACUUUUUCAUAUAAUUAAAAUAAUUAUUUUGUAAUGCCUCUUUUUUAAAGGGUCAGAAGGGAGAAAGUGGCAGAUCAGGUACUGCAGGCCAGAAGGUAAAACUUUUUUUCUUUUGAAAAGAAUUGACAAAAAUUGCCUCAUUACCUUCCUUUAGCAAAAGCACCUUCUGAGCAGAGUAAUACUAAUAGAUCUGGAGCCAAACAGGGCACAUAUCUCUGAAAUAGGGUGCCCUUCUUUCCUCUUCCUUUAAAAUUACAGAGUGAGUUUGGGGAAAAUGUUUUGAGCCUUUAGAUAAGAGCAUCAAUAAAUAUUACAUAUCACUAGAUGCUUGGCUAGCAUGAAGCUGUGUUUUGGAGGGUAUUUCUCUAGCAUAUGACAUUUUAAUACAAUAUUUAUUUUUUAUAUAGUUUAGCCUUAUGUUUGUAGAUUUGAAACAGCAUAGCAAUAACUCAGCAUCCGUUUAUUAAUAUCUUCUGAAAUUGUGAUUCCUAAAGGGCGACACAGGAUUAACUGGAGCUGAAGGACAGGUAUGUGUUUGUGUUGCUGUUUUAUAUGCCCCGACAUCUGCUCUCCCUGUCUCUUUGACUGCUUCAUUUUAGCAUACAUUUUGUGCUGGCUGUUGGUUUUAAUUUCGUUGUUAAAAAUACUUUUGAGUGCUGUUUUUUUUUAAAAAGCCAAUAAAAAAGCAAGAUACAUGCUUUCAAUAAAUAAUAAAUAUGUUACCAGGUCACAACCUCUACUUUUCAGUAUUAUUAUUUGAUUGUUAUUUAGGAUGAUUUUGAAUAGUUUUUGAUAAUUUAUCAUUUGUAUGCUGUGUAAGUGAAUAUAAUAUAUCUGAAGGCUGUUUCAGAUGGCAUAAUUCACAUGUGCUCUGUGUUUUGCCUUUGUUUAAUCUGCCCUCAGAAAUAUGUUCAGAACAAAAGGGAUUUUUAAUUUUUUUUAUCAACUUAAGGAUGUGUAGGGAGAAGGGAGCUUUAACAUUUUCUAGAAUUCAUCAGGUAGAAUGGAAAGGAAAAAAAUGUUCAGCUAUGUGCCAAGCAUGCUGGCUUCCAAUUGAUUGCAGAAAGUUCACAUUUAAAAGUAGAGAAACACAUUCCUGAUAGUGGGACAUUGUAGACAUAGCAGAAAGUAAGUGAAAAAUACUAGAUUUCAACAACUUUACUAACAAUCCUUGUAGCUGGAAGUUAGUCAGCACCUAACGUUAAUGGUGAUAUCCAACUAAGUCAUACUCAGAGUAGAUCUAUUGAAAUCUAUGGGGUUAAGUCCAUGUUCGUUAUUGUCUGUAAGGUUGGAGUUAAGCGCAUGUAAUGGGGCUGGUGGAAGCUGAUUUCCCUUUUCCUAUGCUCCCCACAACAGCUUUCCUGGCCUCUGAAAAUGCUCCACUGAGGGUCAGAGGACCCUCUUGAAUGGGUGGUUUGUGCUGCUGGGGAUUGGAAAGGGAUUCUUCCAAUAUCAGCUGGAGACACCUUCCGUGACUGGAGCUGCCAUUCGUGGCAAUUGCCUCCCCCUUUCUUUUAAGUUUACAGCAGCCUUGCAAUGUAGGCUAGGCUGAGAGACAGCACCGGACAUCUAGGGAAUGGCAUAGUAGGCUUUAAACUUAGUCUGAUGUUGUGUAUACUCUUAAAUAAAUAUAUCCUGUGCAUUAUUAAGUUAUGGUUUUAUUUUCAGAUUUUAUGGUAAUAUUUUUUCUUGCAACUUUUAAAAUAUGCAGGAAUCUUUUAGCACAGAGUUUUGUUUUGUUUUCAAAUCAGUAACAAUUUUAGCAUUUUAAAAAAAUGCAUCUCUUUUUGUCUUGGCCAUAUGGUAAAGGGUCGCUAAGAAAGGUCACAAACAGGAUGUUGCUAGCUAUUAAAAGCCAAAUAAACGCUUCUGAAAAAUAUACUUUCAGCAAGCUUCUUGGCAAAUUCUACAAGCUGUUAGUUUUCACUCACAAGCCUCACAGUAAAAACUCUUCUUUUUGGAUAUAAAUACAGUAGUUCUAAGACUUUUCCACACUGGCAAAUGAACAGUAAAGAGGACAAAGACUGUUGGCCAGUACCAGAAAGAUAACAGAAUCUGUUAUUAUUACUGUGGUUUUUGUUUCUGCAGAAAGGUUUAAACUGUGUUAAAUUUGUUUUGCCCUUUGUUAUUUAUGGAUGCUGCACAGGGGACCAAAACGCUGACAGUCAGGGUAUAAAUUGCCUCCAUAAAUAAAUAGCACUCAUUUUAAUAGCAAACACAGAUGGUGAGUGCUGACAGGAUUGCAAACAAAGUGGGAGACUUUGGAUGAAUCGGCAUGUUCAGAAAAACUUGCAAAAGUACAAGGAAGCUUUUUUCAAAAAAAACACAAAACCCAGAAACAGAAACAAGAGUCUAAUGAAGACCCGAGCAUGCUCAGUAACAGUGGCAUAUAUGGGGAAACAGAGAAUGUGAGGGGUUGGAAGAGUAGAAUCGCUUGUUUUCAGGGAAUGACCGACUGGAACCCUGAACAGAAGCACUCCUUGUAGAAGGAAGAACAUACCAAAACAUUUUUUGAAUGCAGGCACCACUUGUGUAUACAUACAUUUGCAUGGCUUACAUCCAUUUGAUAAACAGUCAGUGCCAAGGGGGCUAAACUAACUAAUCUGUAAGGGGCUACACUGGCCUGGUUCUCACAUUACUCUUAUUUGUGGUUUACUGAACCGCCUUUAACCCAAAUUUGCAUCUGGGGACCCAUAUCUUCUUUUUACCAUACAAUUGUAUGGUGGUAGUGCUGCUAUUGUCACCCACUUCAGAUUAGACUAUGACCCUGCAGUGGUCUCGACCUACUAGCUGAAGACCAAAGAUUAAUUUGAACAUCUGAACCUAGCCCAGCAGCUUUGCUGUGGUUUAGUAUAGUAGCCAUGACAAACCACACUCAUAAACGAUUAUUUGUUUUUGGUUAAUAAACCUUGGCUUACGUUAACCAUGACUUAGCAUUGUAAGCAAAUUAGUCCACUGUGUACAAGUACCUCUUCCUCAGAGCUUUUUUUAAAAUGUUCUUAAUGUCUCCUAAGAUGCUCUUCAAAUAACCACCAGGUGUCUUAUAAGCAAAAAGUCUGUAUAAGGUCUGCCAACCUAUUCCUGGCACAUCUGUGGCUUUGCAUUAUUCCAUUUGGCUAGAAAACUGAAAUGGGGUUAUUAUACCCAGCUAAUAAGAUAUAUUUGAAUAAUAUAAAAGCUAUAAAAAGCCAUAGCAAAACAAAAUACAGAGGUUGGGAAUGUUGUAAUGAUUAUAGAAUCUAAUCCAUUGUGACUGAAGUGGCUUUGGCUUUAUUUUUAAAAAUUGUAGAACUCAUUGUAGGUCACAGUCCAGCAUAGAAGUUAAGCACAUUUUGAGCCUGUGGAAAAACAAUGAGCUUAAACACAGGCAACUCACUUUGAUGAGGCUUUGUGGCUUUAAUUAUUCCCCCUUUAUUAACAUAACUUCAUUUAGUAAUGUCCCCUGGACACGAUUAAUUAUCUCAGUGGUUUUCCUUUCACAGCACCUGUGCCUCUGAGUUUUAAUCUUUUCCAGCUUCCAUGACAGGCUAGGUGGUCUCCUGUGGUUACUUUAAUUGGCACAUCAUGAAAAGAGUCCACGGGGAUUGUAGAGAAAACAAUCCAUUUUCUUGUUCUUGCACCAUUCAGGAAUGUUUAACAUUGACUUAGUGUAGACUUCCGGGUUAGCGCCAUCACCGAAUGGCGGACUCCCUCCGAGCUCCGGAGGGAGUCUGCUCGGCAGGGGCUGGGUCCUACCGCGCCGGCGACGCGGGGACCCUUAAAAACCACGGGCACGGAGUCCGUGGACAUGGGUGACUCGGCUUGCACCAUUAGCGCCCUCCCGACUCGUGAAGGAGCCUUUUAAAGGCUUCGGAUCGGGUGCCGGGGAGUGGCGUGGUGCUUGAGUCCACUGCUUUCCCUGCCGAGCGCAGCCGCAUGCCAUUCGACGGAGAGCGCUGACUUCUUCUAUUGAAAAUUUGGACUAUUAACAACAACCCGUGAGUAAUUGGGAAACCGGGUUCAAAAUUUUGGAUUUGGCACGAGCGGGGCGAUUUAAAAGGAAGUCAAUCCCCCUAUUGUAAGCAUUCCAAAACAAGGACUGGGUAACCAAGGUCCAAAGGGAAGUAUGUCUCUGAUAAAAAUCAUUAAUUUCACGAUGGGAAAUUAUAAGAAAUGUGCUGGAGGAGAAGAGUGGAGGGUGAGAAGAAAAAUGCAACCCCCCUGGGACCCGGGGCGAUUCGUGGAGCCUGGUGAAGAGAGACGGCGACUUUGACAGCUGUCAAAGUGGCUGUCAAAGCUGGAGAAUAUAAAGAGGACUUUGUUAUGAGGACCUUGCUGGUUAAAUUUUGUUACAAUUUGCUAUAAUAUGGAUAUAAACUGUUGGAAAAUAAGCAACAAUUUGACUUUUGGAUUAGAGGAUACAAAGUUAUUACAAUCCCCCUAGAGGGGUUUCGGGAUACUACAAGAACGGUCGUAAGUGGAAAAAUACCCUGGGAUUCGCACAGGAUUUGUUAUCUUCUGGGAAAGCUGCAAAACUGAAAGAGUAUUUUGUCUACAGAGGAAGACAAUGGAAUUUUUUAUUGAAGAAAGAAAGGGACUGGACGUAAGUUUUUGUUCCUGAAUAACAAACCUCUGCAGAGACACUAGAUUUCUGAAUUAGAAAGUUUUAGCAGCUGAACAGGACAAGAAAUCUGAGAAAGUGAGGAAUAAGAAGAAUAAAGGAAUGAUUACGACACGGAAAGAACAACGGGAGGAGUGGUAAAGAUCAAGGAAAUUAAAGGCCUUUGUUAGAUUGGACAUUUGAAGUCAAAUAUUAUUUAAAUUAAUAAAUUUAAAGAACACCGGCAAGAUGGGAUGGGGGAGAAAUCUGGUCAGGAACUGAGACUUCCAAGCUGAUAGUGGAGAGACUGAUGGACAUGGGAAUUCAAACCGGGGAAGGGGGGGGGGGGAGAUUUGAAAUCCAAAGGCUGUGUAACCAUUUUGAAUUUUUCUAUAUCUCUUAUUUUCUAUUUCUUUACAUAACUUACGCAUGUUAUUUUACUUUGAUCGGACGCGUUUAAAAAAAAGGGAAUUUGUGGAAGGAACUGGGGUGGAUCUUGGGGAAAUCUUUUUUCUUUUUCUGUUAAUGAUGUGGGACGGUGGUAAGAUUUGUACAAUUCAAUCUGGAUAGUGGGUUAAACAAAUUAAGCUUUAAAUUGGGAGUGAGAGCUUGUAGAACCAAAUUAAGGAAAGGGAAUACAAUUGGGGGAGGGGGAGUCCCAGAAAGUAGGGAAUGAAAGUAAGGUUUUUAAAUAUCUUCUUUCUUUUGUCUUUUUUGUUUGGAUUUUUAUAUUUUUGGAAACUUUAAUAAAUAUGAUUUAAAAAAAAAAAAAAAAACAUUGACUUAGUGUACCCUUCCUCAACCUGGUGCCUUCCAGCUGUUGUUGGGCUCUCAACUCCUGUCAGUCACCCCCAUCAUAUCCCAUUGGACAGGAAUGUUGGCAAUGGUAGCCCAAAACAUCUAGAAGGAACAAGGCUGCGGGAAGGCUGGACUAGUAUAUGAAAUGGUUUCAUUGGGAUUUAGAUGUUACCGCAUACACAAUUAGAGAGCGAAACUUGCUAAUAAAAAUAUUUUCUUUUCUUUUUUGUUCAUGCAUAUUAUAGCAUGCAUAUUUUUCAUUAAAAAAAAAUGAAAACAAGCUCUCCGUGAGUUGUCAGGUGUUGGCUAUUGCAGUUAUUACCUUUGAUUUCAGAAAGGCGAGAAAGGAGAUCCUGGCAUGAGUGGCUUUACUGGGCAGAAGGGAGAACCAGGAGUUACUGGUUUGAUUGGCCCACCAGGCCCAAGAGGAGGACAAGGAGAGAGGGGAUCUCCAGGAACUCCGGGGGCAGAUGGAAAACCUGUAUGUAUGCUGCCUGAGAUGACUUUUUUCAUGCUGACCAAUUUCUUUUCAAAAACGAGCCCAUGUCACCUUUUUAAUGCUUCUCUGUUCAAUUUAGGGAAGAGGCUUUUCUGAAGAAUUUAUUCGGCAAGUUUGUGCAGACGUGCUGAGAAGUGAGUCCCCCUAUUGAUUCACGGUGCUGCACUGUAGUCACCUUGCUGGGAUGCACCUGUGUGAGCUUUAGGACAUGUGCCUAAAUUUCCUACAGUCAGGUGGAGAACCUUUCUGGCCCAGUGAGCCAGAUCUUUAUCUCCCUGCAUACCACCCUUGGGGGCCAAUCUUGACAGGUGCUUGACACCUAUCAAAGUUGAUCUGUAGGCGUAAGGGGAGAUAGUUGAAAGGGCUUGCUCAGCCCUGUGCACAACGCUUCUCAAAUGCCUGAAAACCAGCUGAUGAGUGUUUGGGAAGCCCUGCGUGCAACUGCCAAGUGUAGGGGUAGCAAGGGUUUGGGAAGCAGGGUUUGGCAGUUCCUGCAAAUCCCCUUUUGUUCAAGCCCUGCAUUCAUCAUAUAUGACUUCAGGGAUAGAGCAGGUGAGCGUGGCUUGCCUGGAAGAGCCUUGCAGGCCAAGUAGGGAGACCAGGUUGGCCAAAUCUGGCCUGUGAACUGGAGGUUCUCCACCUCCGCUCUACAGUGUGCAGAGGUUUAAAGGGAGGGAAUACAUGGUGGGCAUGACACAGUCACAACUAAGGAAAUUUAAAUCUGACUGAUUUCAAGGGGUGAGCAUGUGCAUAAAUCUCCCACUAUAAUCAGUGGAGCUUUUUUAAUUACUUGACAUAACUAGAUCUCAAUUUGACCAAGAUGCAAUAAUAUUUUCAGACAAUUUGGUUUGGUUUGGUGUUUGGUUAGCUUUGUGUAUUGAUGGUGAGGAUAUGCUCCCUUUGGUCUAAGCAUUUUAAUCUGCAUUCCCCUUAGCCCAGUUGCCUACAAUACUUCAGAAUGGGAGGCUACAACACUGUGAUCAUUGCCAGUCUCGUGGCCCUUCCCCAGGGCCUCCUGGUCCGCCAGGCCCACCUGGCCAAGAAGGUCCUCGAGGAUUUCCUGGCUUGCCAGGAAAUGAUGGUGUUCCGGGCCUGACAGGAGCUCCUGGGCGUCACGGAUCGCGUGGACCAAAAGGUAAUUGUCUGUAUGCCUCUUGAAACAAAAUUCUCUUUCCAGCCUAGAGAUCUGUACUGAAUAGGCAUUGAACUGGAGAGUGUGAAAAACUUGAGCUUGCACAUUGUCAGUCAGCCAGGGCAACAUGCUUAGCCACAGGCAAUCCAUAGAGCCUCCAGGUUUCAUUAUCUCUCCAUUCUCAGUCUGGCUCCUCUUCUUCUCUUAUUAAAAAACUCAAAGGGAUUGAAGCUGCCUUAUACUAAGUUCAUCUAACUCAGUGUGGUCUACACUGGUGGGCAGUGGCUCUCUAGGGUUUCAGAAGGAGAAUUUUUUGUUAUUGCCCACACUUCAAUGGAACUAACCAUGAAAUAAGUCUGUAAUACGAUUGCUAUUCUUUAGCUUGAUCCUAUGCUUGGAAGUAUAUCUCGCUGUCUCAGUGGAGCUGAAACCCAAAUAAGUAUGCAUAUUUGGAAAGCUACCUGCAGAGGGAUUUAGGGCCUUUGAAUUAUAAUCUUCACCAUACUGUCUUCACAUCAGGCACAAUGGACCAGCAAGUUUCUACAGAGCUGCUGCUUUAAACAUUCUGAUUGUCUGUUUUUUAAGACAGUGUCUUUUACUAAAGACGGGGUUCUAUUUUAGUGAAGGAAUAUCUUACCCUCCACCUAACCAACUACUAAAAAAAAUGUAGAUUAUAUUGUUUGCCCCCUCCCCCAAAAUAUGUUUCAUGAACCAAAAAUUGUGGUGAAAUGGUUGCACAUAGCUCUGCUUACCAUUAGUAGGAGGAUUACAUUAACACUUUAAUUUGAAGUGCAUGAAAGUUUACAUUUCUGAAUCCUGUUCCUUUCAUGGUUCGAUCCUAUCAUAUCCAUUAGGAUACUAGGAGGAAGGUCUAAAUCAAGAGAAAUGAAAGUGCUACUAUCUUUUAAACUGUCACAGCUUGGGCUUUGUUCGUUAAAACACAUGCUUUUGCCCAUUCUAUUGACAGGUGAAUUGAUCAAAUAAAGAAAUAGUGCUUCUGUAACAUUGCUUUAGGCAUUGUCUGCUGUUGUGUGUGUAUUCAUUUGAAUUGUACAGUUUCAGAUGUACAGUUUUUCUAGGACAUUGGUGGCUAAACUUUUUUUGGCUCAGGGAACACAUGCACUCCUUUCUGAGGGUCAGAUGGCAGCAGUGAGUGUGGCUGAAUGUAGGUGUGACCACACCCCACGCUCCUACUUGAACACAUGCACACCCAGCUAGGCAGCCAGUCCUUCGUGCUAAUCAGCUGAGAAAGAGGGAUGUAUCACUCCCCUCUAUUUAUCACAUCAGUAAGAUGACUGGGGAGGUGAUGAUUUGUAUCCCCAUCAGGGUGCUGGGCUCUACAUACCCCAGUGUUGUGUCUGUUUUAAAUAUAUCUAUAUGUAAUUAUUUGUUGCUACUGCCACCAAAUUUGGUGGGAUCAGGGGAGGAAGAGGAAAAAAUGCUUUGGUAGGCUGGAUGAGGCCCCAAACUGGGGGUUCUAAGGGAAAUUUGGGGACAGAUUCAUUCUCCCCCCCACCCUGUUAAUUUUUAUUCCAACUACUUGAGGAAUUGGGUGCAUAUGUUUUAAGCUGGAAAGCCUGGGAAAUCUGCCACUUACCCCAUGAGAGCUCUUUUCUUCAUUAGCCAAGAGGGAGCAAUUAUGUGGAAAAUAUUUUUGAUGAAAGCAAAACCACUAGAACCUAUAUUUUUAAUCUGUUUAAAGAGGUACUAUAAACUUCUGAACUUCAGUUACAAGAAUAACAGUAAAACCAAACCAAACCACGUACAACCAAAAACAAAACCCAACACCAUUAAAACAACCCAACCCUAUCAAGGAACAAAUUUUUACAUAUGUCUACUCAGAAGUAAACCCCAGAGUGCAGUAGGGCUUACUCUGAAGCAAGUGGGUGUAGGGCAGGCAUCCCCAAACUUGGCCCUCCAGAUAUUUUGGAACUAUAACUUCCAUCAUCCCUAGCUAACAGGACCAGUGGUCAGGGAUGUUGGGAAUUGUAGUCUCAAAACAUCUGGAGGGCCGAGUUUGGGGCUGCCUGGUGUAGGGUUACAGCCUGUAUAUUACAUUAGAUUCUAGUAGAGGCCUACUUACCUUUUAUAUGAAAUAUUCCCCAAGAGUACUGAGAUUCUUAUGCAGCAAUAACAAUGUUCUUAUUCAGUAGCUGUCAUUUUUCUCAAAGUGUUAUGUACCAAUGUGCUAAUUGUGUUCUUAAAACUUGAACCUUCUUCUCCAAUGGUCAUUACAUGAACUGAGUACUUUUUCAGUUAUUAUUGUUGCCUUUCUUUUCUACUUUUACAAUUUUUAAAAUGUAAUAUAUCCAUGAACCACUAGAUCAUUUUAAGCACAUCCUUAAUUGAAGUAUGUGGUCUGAAGACAUAAACAGUAAUUACAAUCUGCAGUGUGGAUACAAUUUUGUCUGUUUCACAUUUCAGAAUUUUUAUCUGAUGAUCAUCGGUCUUCAAUGCAUGUGAAAUAUUUUCACACCACUUAUUAUCUUAGCCUCUUUCAUCAUGAUAGUUAUAUUAUUUAUUGUGUUUAUAUUCUGCUCUCUCAGAACUGUUUCCUUCAUUUGAUCCUCACAACAAUCCUGUGAGGCAGGUUACGACUGAGUGUGAGCCCAGGGUCACCCAUUGAGCUUCCAGUUGGGAUGAGUCCUAGGGCAAAAUUACCGCAUUUUUCGCUCUAUAAGACGCAUCAGACCACAAGGCGCACCUAGUUUUUGGAGGAGGAAAACAAGAAAAAAAAUAUUCUGAAUCUCAGAAGCCAGAACAGCAAGAGGAAUCGCUGCGCAGUGAAAGCAGCGAUCCCUCUUGCUGUUCUGGCUUCUGGGAUAGCUGCGCAGCCUACAUUCGCUCCUUAAGACGCACACACAUUUCCCCUUACUUUUUAGGAGGGAAAAAGUGAGUCUUAUAGAGCAAAAAAUACGGUAUAUCAUAUGUCACCUCUCUAAUUCUGCCUUUCUAUCCUUAAAAAAAUAGUACCAUAUACUCCUGAUACAUGUUGACACACUUGGUUCCUGAAUUAAAAUUGGAGGUACACUUGAUUUUUACAAAGGAUAUUUUUAUAAUGUGAAACUUACCAGCACUCAGAAAAGCCCAUCACUGCAGAAAUUACUGAUUUUGGCACAUCUCUGAUUGGCAAGAGGUGACACCAGAACAGUGACUCAGGCAGACCUAUGGACAGCCUCCUCUGAGGCUGCAGAAUUCUGAUGCAUGUUUGCAUGCAAAGUGGUUCAAUGGUCAAAUCACACCCAAUGCAGAAAAGCAGCAGAAUUUCUCACCUCCCCUUCAGAACCUAAUUAGAUGGAGGCAGGAUGAUAGUGUUCAGCCAUGCCAAAAUAGGAACUCUGAGCUUAUGGGAAUUCAUUUUUACUCUCAGUACACCGGUAUGUCUUAGUGCACACUUUGGGAACUACUGACAAUAUGCAUAUUAUGUCUGGCACUUUACAGGACUACCUGGAAAAAAUGGAGCUAAAGGAAGCCAAGGAGUUGGGGUCCCUGGGAUGCAAGGACCUCCAGGACCUCCAGGUAUUGUUUGGAGAAGCCAGAAAGCUUUGGAGCUAACGUGCUCUAAGAUUGCACUACUUAGCUGACCCUUUCAAAGAGUCACUUAUGUUGGCUUUAGUGGGACUUUUCCACAGAACCAGCCAUCAGUACUGCGGCUUGGAAUUUAAAAAUCAAAUCAGUAGAUCAUCUUAAUGCAUCUACAUAGCUGGUUGUUCCUCAGGGAAAAGCUGGGUGGACAGGUGAAUUUUAAGUAGGCACCUUAGUACCAGUAUCGUAACUGCCUUCCUGAUUAUCAUUGGGAGGGUAAUCCAGGGGGCAGGUGCUGCCACAUUAAAGGCCCUGGUCUUAGUGGGCACAAGGCAAACCUUGGAAGCACAUGGCACUAUGAAAGGUAUCCUGCCUGAGGAUCAAAGUGACUAGGCUGGAGUAAACAAGUUAAAGUGCUUCCAGAGGUGACUGUGUCCCAAGUUGGACAGGUCUCCACCUAGAAGCAUAGCACUGUAGAGUUGGAAAGGGACCCCAAGGGUUGGUCAUCUCAUCAAAACCCCUGCAGUGCCUGUUGGCAACCAGUGCUGCUCUUUCAGCACAGGUUUUAUGUACUGUCAGUAGGGCAAUCCCUUCUUGCUGCAGCAUUCUGCACUAGCUACAGUGCCCAGGCUAACCUUAAGGAAAGUUCCACAUAAGGUUGCAUUGCAGUAAUCCAGUAAAAAACCAGUGCCUCGACCACCAAAGCUAAACUAUCCCAAUUCAGAAACAACCAGAGCUGCCACAGUGGUCAAAGCUUGCAGAAUACACAAUGAAGCUACCUGGGCCUCCGGUGACAAAGAGGAAACCAGGAGCAUUCCCAAGCUACAUAUCUGCUCCUCAAGGAGCAGUGUAACCCCAUCCAGGGCAGGCAGCUGGUCUAUUUAUCUGAUCUGGGAACUGCUCACAAACAUUGUCUUACCAGGAUUCCAUCUCACUUUAUUGAUGCACAUCAAGUCCACUGCUGCACCUUAGCAGAGGUCCAGUUCUUUUUGCUCAGGGAUGAUGGACAUCAGCUUUCUGGAAGAUGCUCCUGUGCCACUACUAGGGCUGCCUGGGUGGCACAGACUCCUCUCUUACUGCAGCAACCAAGACACUUUCAUAUGUUAUUCACGUCAGCGCCUUUAAACCUAAAAAAGUAAAUACUUAAUCAGGCAGGGUGGAUCAUGCUAGAAAUCUUUAAUAAAUUGUAAUACCUUACCAGCACUAAACACACUCCAUGUAUAUAUUUCAUAUAUUGUUAAGGUCCUGAAGGUCCACCUGGGAUAAGUAAAGAAGGAUAUCGUGGAGAACCCGGGAAGCCAGGUAAAGAUGGAGACCGUGGAAAUCCUGGAAAUCCUGGACAAACUGGACCACCUGGCAUCUGUGACCCGUCUUUAUGCUUUAGUGUAAUUGUAGGAAGAGAUCCAUUUAGAAAAGGACCAAACUAUUAAUUUGGGAUGUGUUAGUGGCAGACUAGACCUGGUGCUUGUCUUCAACAAUCUUUCAAGUCUCAGGAAGAUGACUGGCAAUAAUCCUCUUUCCCAGAAACUAAAGUACCUCUGAUGUGUAAUGUAAUAUGGUAAAAUAUUCCAUAUUAAAUUUAAGAAUCUAAAUAUGUAUUGGGCCUAUCAAAUAACAUGCUCCCCCAUCCAGUUAAACUUAGUUAUCACUGUACAUUUAAAAACAAUGAAACCACAUAGUUGUCGUUUAUUUAAAUCCCAUUGCUAUCAGUCAUGACUAACUUUAUCUGGAUUGGAGAGUGAAUUUUAACGGAAUGAUACUGUUGAAGUCCAUUGGCAACACUGCUGGAAGACGGAUUGGGUCCUCAAUGUUUCAUGAUCAGCUGUAUACCACUGUGAAGUAUUUUUUAUCCAGCCUAAAUAUGCAGCAUCUGAAUUUUAAUGGAACAUGGCUGAUUUUUAUUUCGUUUGUCAAUUUCAUCCAUUUGUGUAUGUUUCAUAUUUUUCUGGUUAACGGUUUUCUUUUGAAAAAUGUAUGAAUCCAAGUCUUUUUUUAUAUAUAAAAAACAACAACCCCCAUGUUGUCCUCAAAACAACCAUGCGACUAUCCAAUUUUACAUUUCCAUCUACAAGUAAAGAAACCUCUAGAGGCACCUUUAAAAACUUAAAAAUGCAUUUUUUUAUAUAAAAAAGGUUUCUAAUUAUAUUCUGGACAUUUUUUUUAUCAUACUGUUGCACAACCAAGCUUAACCAUAUUUAAUUUUUUUCAGCUGAUUAUAGAACUGAGUGUUUUUGCUAUGCUCCAUAGGACUGCGGUUGUCAAACAAAAGUUUACAAGCUGUGCUUUAUGCUUACUACAUAACUACAGUGUUCUUUAUGCUGCUUCUUUGUACAUUUUAAUUAAGGCAUUUCUGUGUUUAUAUUGUAAAACAAGAUGCAAUCAAGAAGCACUGCUGGCAUCCUAAUAAAUUCAGUUGUACAAUUUCUAUCUGAAGUUGACGCUAUUUUAAGCUUUAAUGCAAAAAGUCUUUUAUUGCACCUACGCAAAGCUUUAUAGCUGGCCUUUUGUUGUUGUUGUUUUCUGUCAUUAGUAAUAUGCUUGACAUUCAAGGUAAAAAGUUUUUUUAAGAUUUUGUGGUAAUAAAAGCAAUUUUUUCACUUGUUGAGCUGAGUUUUUAUUAAUCACGUGAAUUAUGUUCUACAGAACAUUAUUCGCCCAACUGCAUACCAACAAGAUAAAGGCAACAAUGUCCAGACUGGACAGCAUUCUGCUUACAAGGCCUGAUCCCCCCUGGUAGAAACAACAAACAUUGGUAACAUUAAAAUCACAGACCACGCCCCAGUAGACGCUACCCUCAGGAGAGGAAGCACAAAUUACCCCCAUCAUGGUCCUUUAGCCCCAUCCUAAUCACAAACCAACUAGCUAAAAAGAGUCUCUUCAAAACUACUGUAUGGACAAUGAUGUGGGUGACAUAACUCACCCCACCCGCCGG